AUGUGGACGAACUCUCAGCAUGGACCCAGGACCUCCACACCCAGAGCCCGACAUGGAGACGGACUAAAGCAGAGAAACGGAGCGGUGAUCGGUGAUGGUGUGGAGGAGCUUCAGGGGCGGAGAGCGUUAAAGUCCGCGGACACUCAGAGUCACGGUAAGUCUGAUCCACGAGUGUUUUCAGCCCGAGUUCACCCUCCAACUUUCUCUCUCUCUCUCUCUCUCUCUCUCUCUCUCUGUUUCUCUCUCUCUCUCUCUCUUACACACACACACGCACACACACACACACACACACACACAUAUGCACACACAGACUGUGCAGCAGCUGCUGCUGUGUCGUCUGCUCUCAGAUGUGACUGUGUGUUUGAGUUCAGCUGAGCAGAUCUGCAGCUUUAUUACUCCGGAGCUUCAGCAUCAACUUCAACUUUAGAGGUUGGGAUCUACGGAAAGCAUCAGUUGGAAAAGUCCGUGUGCGCGCGCGCGCGUGUGCGUGCAGAUGGAGAUGUUUUGGUUCUUGUCCUCAGCUCUCUCUCAAAGAUGUUCGAUGAGAAACAGAAGUUUUCGCAGCAGCUCUCUCUGUUUCCUGUAAACAUCAGAGUAUCUUCAACAGCUUUUUUCUCUGACACUGGAGACAGACUGACAUCUACCUCAGUACUCAGACAGGUGACUGUCAGAGGAGCAGAGCAGACAGGUACCUGCUGUCAUUUACUCAGCGCACUGACAUUUACCAACAAGUUGAGCUGACAUCUGGUUCACACAGUCACCUGCUUCAUCAGCUGGAAACACAAAAACCACCAGUUAGACCUGCACACCAGUCUGUGGACAGAAUAUACACACACCUGACUGCUGAUUUGAAAUAUUACUGCUCUUCUCAUCAUCAUGGACCUUUAGCAGGUACUCAUUCAGCUCAUAUGAAACCUUUUCAUUUAUUGUACAGUAUCAUAUAAAAGACUCUGUCAUGUAGGACCAGGUCUGACACUGUCUCGUCUGGUGUCCCUAUCCCAUCAUACCAUAAGCUCAUUCAUUUAAUCAUGUCAGAUGGUAUCAUCUGGGUACACAUCAGACUGUGUCAUAUUAAAUCUACUCAGAUCCGUUUGUAUCGUUACAUUUCAUCAGAGAUUUUACUGUGCAGAAUAAUAUUAACAUUAAUUUUUCCAUAGGUAUAGCAGUAGUCCACUGAUUACAGUCUUUCAACAGUGAAUGGCCAAUACAUAAUACCAGUAUUACAGGUUCUUCUUUUUUGCACUAGACAAAACACCACAACAAUUCAAUAACACUAACUCAGAGAAACAAAGUUGCUGAUUUCUGUUGAAUGCUUUGAUGAAUUAGUCUAAAUGGGAAUAUAUUUUACUUAGUAAAAGGAUUUUAUUUGUGUGUCCAACCACCUUAAAUGAUUUAAUAAACAUAUGAGAUGAAUACUGAAGUUAGAAUAAAAAGAAAGUGAUGUAUAAGUGUAUUAUUUCCCGCUCGUUAAAGAGUAUUAUUCCUUAGUAAUCUGAGCCAGAAACGUGUUUGAAACAUAGACUGUAUACAGAAUGGACGACAUCUGCCUACUCGCUAGGUGAAGCCUAUGCAACAACAGCACCCUCUGGUGACGGGCUGCAAUAUAGGUCAUAAAUCCCGCCUCCUCCAGCAAACUUAAUGGAGUUGUGGACUAAUUUUAGAAGUUUAUUACAUUAAAUAUACAUUUUUCUCCCCCCUGGUAGCAAUGUUUUCAUGUAGAUAUUGUAAGACUAAUUUGUGCCCGAGUCCUCUUUUUCUGUGCAGCUCAAUUCUUAAAAGUUAUUAAGGGUUUAUGUUUUCUAUGAUUGACACUUGAAACAGCCUAUGGGUGUAAAAAGAUUGCAUAGAUCAUCCCAUGGAUACGCUGUUUGACCAGACUCUCACCAUAUGCUACUGCACAAAUGCCAGAUUCGCAGUAAGUCUGAGGAAAGCAGCAGCUGUUAUGUACGAGCAGCACAUGAAGUGGGUCUGCAGCUUUCUGAUCAGAUGUGCUCUGUAAACAUUAGACAGCUGUGUUAAUGUUCAGACAGCAGCUCAGCCUGCGGUCUGGUUCUGCAGAAAUAACUGUUUCAUAGAGGACCAACAUGUUAAGAGAAUUUCAUCGGGGGCAAACGUUAAGUAGGGCUGCACGAUUGAUCGAUUGUAAAUCGUAAUCUGAUUAUUUAAUUAUGAUGAUGUUAAAAAAAUACAUUAUUGUCCAAUUGAUGUUCCUUUCUAUCAUGUCCUGCACCUCCAGGCCAUGGUAGGCUCCCCCUUCCUGCAAGAGCGCUCCUCAGUUCCCACACACACCAGUGUAAACAAACAGGGCGUUUGCAAAAGAAGGCGACAAUUUCGUGGCUAAAAGGGGUAAGAGCAAGUCAGUCGUGAAUUGGUACGACUUCACAGUUUCAGAUGGAAGAGCAAACCACCUCCCGUUGCAAAGUCUGUCUGAAGGCAGUAGUACUACCAACCCAUCCACACUGAAACAAGUUCAGGAAUAUCGGCAUUUCAUCAACACAGAAACGGUGUUUUGGUGACUGUAAACAAUGUUUUUUCAAAAUGGGUACGAGAGUGCAUAAAUCUGUGAAUGACUACCAUUUCAUCUCCGUGUGAAUGCCUAUCAGCAUCUCUCUUGAAACAAUUGUGUCACACACAGCGUGGCUCUUUUAUGGCGGCUGCGCUGUCCAGCUAAUACAAUCUUUUUACGCAUGCUCCGUACUCUUCUUUUGUCUUUUGUGCAUUUCCUAGGCAAUGUUACAACGCCACUUACUGGCUUGUCAUAUGCACUACAUCAUUUUUAGUAGUUUCGUUUUGAGAGAUGUUAAAAAAAAGAUAAUUUUAAAGUGAAAUUUUGUAAAGUUGUCACUGAAUUAAAAUUUUUUAAUUUUGGCCAAAAUCGUGCAGCUCUAACGUUGAGGUGCUUUAAUAGAGUAACUGGACUCAUACUUCUCAGGGCUUUUCUAGUCUCUCUAUGGGUCAUAUUCACCCUUAAGUAUAAUCUCACCCCGUUCACCAGACCACUAUGUAACAGAAUGAUACCUGAUCCAGGUAUCAGUUGUCCCCCUGUUUUAGUGUUUGCACACCUGAUGAAACUGAACAGGUGAUCAGCUACAUAAAAAUGCUCCUUCCUGUUAGUCCUGUUAUGAGUGAGAGGAUGUGAUUGGAUGAUGAUAAGUCAGCAUGAUCAGGAAGUUUCAGUCAGACAUGCGUUACCUGAUCAGACUGAAAACCUGCUUUUAUCCUUAAGGUUUGGUGUGAGCUCAGUGUGCAGUGAGAGUUGUGGAGCCGUCCACAGGCUCCGAAAUCACUUUGUGUGUUUGUCUCUGUGAGGAAUGUGAAAGCAUGCAGACAAGCAUGUAGUUUGGUUUCCUCUGUGGCCGUCCCUCUCUCUCUCUGCUGCCUUUUCUAGAAACAUCAUGUGAACAUUUGUACAAUCACCGAGUGGGAGCCUUUCUUGUGAACUUCAGAUUCACCAACCAAAUGCGCACACGGUCAAGAAACCAGACUCUGGUUUACCCAGCUCCUCUUUUACAGACACUGAUACAGGAACAGUCUUGCUGAAUAGCCGUGGAACCGGACUGAAAUGGAUGAAUGUAGCAAAGAAAUCCAAAACUUAAAAUGGAUCCAUGUGUAGAAACCUGCAACACAAGCUCAAGGAUGUGUGUGCGGAAAUUAAAACCUUAGAGACAGAAAAUAAAUCUAACUAUUUGAAUAUUUAAAGAGAUAAAAACAUGAAAGAAAGAUGGAGAAUAUGUGGAGGUGAAGAGAGGAUGAGCUGAAAGGUGAGAUCUCUGGUAUUUAAAGUCGUGGUGUUUGUUAGCAUGCUAGUGUUUUACUUUGAGAGUGAUCAGAGAUGUUUUUUAAGGAGACAAAGCAGAGAGUCAGGAGAGGAAACAGAGCAGAUGUGAGACGUGAUGAUAGAGAGACUGCAGACUGUCCUCUCUCUCUCUCCAGCUGUUUCCUCUCUCUCUCUCUUCCCCCCCUCUCUCUGUACAGUUCGGCUGCUGUGUCAGCACACUCACAAUCCUCUCAUACCAAACUCUGCUGCUCUACAGUCUGAACCUCACUCACUCUCUCACUCACAGCAGCUCACUGAUCUGCUGCAGGUUGUUUCAGACCAAAAUGAACAUUUAAAUGUGUCAGGGCAGCAGCGAGACGUUCCUGAUGUCCCAUCACCAGAUCAUAUUUUAAUGAUUGUUUUCGAUGAUAUUAAUAUUAUGAUUAUUAAAAACCAGUACCCAUGAUUUGGUGACUUAAAACCGCUUUAAAACUUUAAAAACUCUGAAAAAGUGGGAACAACAGUUUUGACAACCUUUUUAUUCGCUAAAGCGUCUGUCUGUUAAACUGUAUGAUAUGAAUGUUUCAAAAAAGUAAUCUGUUCUACCGCUGAAAAGGAUCAUGCAUCUCUUCUUCAUUUAAGAGCUUCAGCUUCAUUUUGGUGAAAAUACUCGCUAAAUUAAAUACCAGAUUUCACUUUUAGUCAACAAGUUAACUCUGUGCUAAAAAAAACUGAAGGAUUCAAGCUAUUUUAUACUCAACACUUUGUCACAGGUGCAAAUUAAAUUAAUCAUUUAGUCUUAAAAUGGUUUUAUAAAACCUCCUAUAACCUUUAAGACUUGAAUAUUGUUAUGAUCCAGAACCACAUCUUUCACUGUUUAACACAACAGUCUCAAUGGUGACCUCCACAACCUCUCUAUCAUCAUGCUCAUUCUGUCCCUUUGCCUUUCAGACACAUCUGCCUCCUCCUGCUGUUUUUAGGUCAUGAUCCAGAGACAUUUGGGAGGGACUUUAUUAUUUUGAUUCACCAAACAUUACAGCUCAUUGAAUAAAAAGAGACAAAAGAGAAAAAAAAAUACAAACACACCCCGCCAAAAAAUAAGUACUUGCUCAAUCAGCUUUUUAACCACCAGUGUUGGUAUUAGUAUCAUCUCUAAUGGUGUUGGUAUCAAUUAUGACUCCAAUACUGUUGGUAUCAGUAUUGAAUCUAAUGUUGUUGGUAUCAGUAUUGACUCUAGUGUAUUUGGUAUCAGUAUUGCCUCUUAAAGUGUUGGUAUCAGUAUUGACUCUGAUGUUGUUGGUAUCAGUAUUGACUCUGAUGUUGUUGGUAUUAGUAUUGACUCUGAUGGUUAUAGUAUCAGUAUUGACUCUAAUGUUGUUGGUAUCAGUAUUGACUCUAAAAGUGUUGGUAUCGGUAUUGACUCUGAUGGUUAUAGUAUCAGUGUUGACUCUUAUUUUGUUGGUAUCAGUAUUGACUCUAAUGUUGUUGGUAUCAGCAUUGACUGUGAAGGUUAUAGUAUCAGUACUUACUCUAAUGUUGCUUGGUAACAGUGUUGACUGUGAUGGUUAUAGUAUCAGUAAUGACUCAAAUGGUGUUGGUAUCAGUCAUGAUACAUCUAAGCUGUGUUUCUCUCUGUAAGAUGAGACUUCGAGUUCUUCUUAUUUUUUAAUAGUGACCCUCACACUCCUCUGUAACUCUAAACUUAAAGCAGCCUGUGAUCACAGACAGCAUUAAACAUGGAUGUAGUCCUUGUUGGUCUCUCAAGCAGAGUUUUGAUGCCUAUAUUAAUGCUCAUCGCCUUCUUGGAAAUGCUGAGGCAAUCAGCCUUUUGGCCAACGGCUACACUGAGCCUGACCGUGGGUCAAGUCGGCUCUGCUUUUAAUGUGGCAAAACUUAUAACUUUCAGAUCUUAAAAAAUGGAAUAAUAAAAAAAUUCAGCCCAGGACAGUGUGCGCAUAGAAAUGAUUGAUGUAACCUGCUCCCGCUGCUGCGUCAUGCUGUGGUGUUUAUGAUAUCAGCUCUACACAGAACAAGCCUCUAUAUUAGUAACAGUCUCAUUUCUGUUGGUAGCUGACCAUGCUGGGAAGAGGCUGCCAUCUUUGUUUUAGUCUGUUGACCAGUCAGAGGCUGUAUCAAUGAUCGGCUGACCUGUAAAGGUCCGUUUAGAGGCCACUGCAGCCUAAAACAAACCUUGCAGUCUGGAUUUAGUAUAGAAAUAGAUAGAGCAGCUCUGAAUAUAUUCAUCCUCUUCAGAUUAUUCUAGUAUUUGUAGAUCUGUGCUCUGCCCGCAUGCUGACACUUGGGCGCCACCUUCACGUGUUUUUGGAUUUCAUUUACUUUCACACUUUAUUUUUAAGGCAUUGAUAGUAUUUAAUCUAUAAAGUAGAUUUCUUUACAAAAAAAUAGAUCUUACUUUUUUGUGAUAAAUUAGUCUUAAAGGGAUUUUUUUACACUCAAGAGAACGCCAUACAUCACCAACCUCAGCUUUUAUAGUUUAUUUGGCAGGAAGAGCGUCAGCAAAGACCUUGAUGUACAGGACAGAGCAGUAUUAAUGUCAUUAUAUAACACCUUGGUGAAAUCUGAACACCCUGUCUGAGCAUUGGCAGGACAUAGGUGGGUUUAUGUACGCAGGAGCAUUUGCAGGUCAUGUUUAACUAGCGUGAGUAAACAGGUCUGAUUGUGUGGUCAAACACAGGACGAGGACUGGCAGACUGGAAGAUAAAGCUUGUUCGUUUUUUGUCCUGUACUCAGUUUUUCAGGGAAAGUGAGGUGCUGAGAUCAGCUGCUGCAGGAACAGAAACAAACAGUUUCUUUCUGUUUUUUUUCGCUCCUGCAUGUUUCUCAUUGUUCCCUCCCAGUGUCUCUGAAGUGUUCCUCGCUGAGUGUGGAAAUGUGGGAAUGUGGAAAAUGACCUGCAGAGAGUUUGGAGAGAGAGGGAUGGAGGACAGAGGACACUUCCUGUAGAGAGACAAACACAGAGACCUGCAGACGCUCAGCGACAGACAGAAGAGAUGUUUUCCCCUCUGCUCAGAGGAUGAUAAACUCUGAGAACAUGCUGGCUGUGAGCUCUCCUUUAUUUAUAGCUCUGUUUUAUCUGUCUGCUCUUUAAAAGUAGAAACCUCUCCCUCUCUCCCUCUCCUGCCUGAGUGUUUCUCUGUAACACACUCACAGAGCCAGCGUUGGUAUGUGGGGGCUAACCAGAGCUGCAUGUCUGACUGUUGAGUCAUCCUCUGUCUUCUCUCUGUUACAUGUCUCUGUGAGUAGCAGGAUUUCCUCCGCUCUCUGUUGAUCUGAAGCUGCGAUGAAUGACAGGAGCUUUGACAGACGCCACAUUAUCACUGUGUGUGUGUGUGUGAGAGAGAGUGUGUGCGAGUGUGUGUAACUGUGUUUAAAGUGAGACAGUCGAGUCAGAGCGAUGAUUUAUUGAUGUCCUCUGUUUUCAGCUCUGACGCUUUCAGUCUGAUUGGAUGUCAAACUUCUACAGACUGAGUCUGAGAGUGUGUGACACAUGAAACUCUGACAGUGUGUUUCUGCAGGAGCUUUCCCAACACUCAUGUGGCCAUGUGCAUGUUGAGUCAGCGGGUUGAGGGUAGAGGAGGGGGAAAUGUUUGCACAUGUGCAGUAGACUCCUGCUGCAGCUCCCAUGGUGUUGGCUGUCUGUCUGUCUGUCUGCGUGUCUAUCUGGCAGAUUUAUGACACUCUUAAUGAGGUCUGAUUGAGCAGAAUGGCAGUUUGUGGUUUGGAUGGAGUUACCUGUUGGAGCUGUUGUCCUUGAAAGCGGAGUCUCACCCCGUCUAACACUGAGAAUAAUAAUCCUGUCAGUCUGGGAGGAGCUAACAGCUAGCUGGGCCCUGUUUAAAACAUUGUGAAUGCAUAAACCACAUCAAAUUUACAGUAACAGAUUCUCCUUAUCUUUGCAUUUUGAGGUCCAGUGUGCAGAAAUUGAAUAUUUAGCCAUGUGUAGUGGUCAGUUUUCACUCAUAUGCUCAUAUAAGAGUGAUUGAUCUGCUAGUGGACAGGAUGGGUGGGGCUGACUGAAUCAAUAUGACAUGUGUGAUUUGUUUUUGUGUGGUUUUGCUCUUUCUAUGCACAAUUAUUAGCAGUUGAUAAGGCGUUUGGACCAAUCAGAAUCAAGUUUUCAACACAGGCCUCAGGGUUAAAGGGAUAUUCCGGUGUAAAAUUAAUUUAGGGUCAAACACAUCAUAACACUGAGUUAGACACCCCCUUGAGAGAUGAAUGUUGCCGACCACUUGCUUCUCUACUUAUACCAACUUUAGUAACGACCGCACAAUAGCAAUACACAGCGGUCUGAGAAGCCAUAAACAAACCUCAACCAAAACGCCACUCUAUAGUCACAAAUAAUGCUCAGAACAGCACCUAACUUCAUCAACAGUACAUUUAGGGUCCUAGCCACAGCACUAACCACCAAACAUCUUUUUAACUUUGCCUGAUUUCUUUAGCAAAGAGACUAAACACAACUCACCUACUCUCUUCCAGCAGCCGCAUGUUUGUAGUGAGACCUCAGGCCAGUCCAUUACAGACUACAGCGGGGUGACAAAGCUCAAGGAAGAACAUUUAUGAUUAUUUCUUCAUGGAAAUGCAAUCAGACUGAGACGCUAAGGCAGAAGAACUACCGCGUCUGCAGUGCAAAAUGAUUAAUAUGGUGAUUAUUACUUCAAGAAAAUGAUAAAGGAAUGUUUUUCUUCCUUGAGCUGUGUCACCCUGCUGUAGUCCGUAAUGGACUGGCCUGAGGUCUCGCUACAAACAAGCGGCUGCUGGAGGAGAGUAGGUGAGUUGGUAUAACUAGAGAAGUAAGCAGUCGGCAACAUUCAUCUCUCAAGGGGGUGUCUAACUCGGUGUUGCGAUGUGUUUGACCCUAAAUUAAUUUUACACCGGAAUAUCCCUUUAAAUCAUGUGUCCCGUGUACAGAGGCUUCUGUACUGGAAGCAGCCAGGGUUCAAAGUUACCCCCCCGCUCUCUCCUCCCAGUGUCCUGUCCUGUCCUCUCAGUCAGACUUAAAGACCUUUAAAAACUGUAGUUUAAACAUCAGAGGGAGGUCCGUCUCUGGUUUGACAUCUACUGCUGUUACAGAGUUUAUAAAUGUGAGCCUCCCUUCACACAGGCAGCGUGUUAUCAGAGUGUUUGUCCCGUCGUCAGGCUGUAGCUCUCCACACGCUCUGCAGGGACAGAGUGAGUGAAUGAGGCCUGUGUGUGGUCACAUCACAGAGCUGUUAUUAAAGACGCUCACUCAUUAUUCACUCUGAAGGUCGGCUGCAGAAUAUCUCACUUAUCUUUUCAACAAUAAAUUCCCUCUGAGCCUUUAAAAAGAAGAAUCUUGUUUACAGCGUGUUUCAGUUGAGGUAGAAUCUGCUGACUGACGUCAUUUUAGGGGAUUUAAAGGGUCUGACUGACUCUAAUCUUUAUGAACAGACUGGUCAAAGUCUGCAGGACAAAUAAAGAGGAGCCCCAGUUUGACUUCAGUCAGUUUUUCCUGUAGGAUCUCUGACAGGCUGCAGGACUGAUAGAAAACCAGAAGGAAGCUCUGAGAUGUGACUGAAAAUCCUCAGGACAGAUCUGCUCAGUGACAAGAUUCAGGGAAACAGCAGGAAGAGACUUAACUUCUCAUAAAACCAGCUGAAAUACUCACCUGCUGAGGUUUGGACUGCUAAACUGACGGGACCACAGAGAGUCCAGUUUAGCGUCUACAUCUUAUGAAUGCAAAAAUCAUGAAGAAGACCAUGGCCACGAGACCAUCAGUAACCCACAGCUCUAAUCAAACCAAUGAGCAAAACCCUUCUGAAACAUGUUACCACAAAUGUUAAACUUGUGAAUGUAAAAGUGGAUUUUUCUCUCUUUUUUAAACCCAAAUAUUGACCUUGUUUUAUCAUAGGCAUGAACAAUUUUAUUGACUUUAUAUCAGUAUUAGCAGAUAACAGCAGAAACAUAAUUAUUGUAUCCCCAGGUAUAAAAAGACUGUGUGUUGAAUUUUUCAAACACGACUGUAAGGAGGUGUUUUUAAUUGUGGUAAACAGACUGUAUUUGAAAAGAAUAAAUUCAUAUUUUUAGUGAAAUCAGAUGUUUGUAAAAUCAGUCUUGUUUUUAUGUCUGUUUCUAAAACUAAUUGACUGUCACAGUAAGAGGAACAGGUGAACUCUAUUACAGGUAUUGGGUAUUGUUUCUGUAAAUUAAUAAAUAAAUGUAAAUGUAAUUCAACUAAAUUAUUCAAUUAUGUGGAAUGUAUGUUGAUAUUUGAACAUCUGAUUAUUUCAGCACUAUAACUACACUGUGGAAAUGAAUAAGGUCCAGUAAUGUGUGUAUGCUGUUUGUAUUGUUCUAGUUUUGUUGUUUUGUUUUUGUCUUGUAGGCUGUUGUGAGUUGUUGUGGUUGUUGACGUUGUCUUUCUGUUUGUGGCGUGAUGUUUUUUUGUGACUCUGCUCUGCGGUGGAGAGCUAAUUGUAAAUGUAGACUCCAGGAAGAACAGCGAUGGCCUUAGCCAAAGCUAUUGGAGAUAUUUAUGAUUAUGUUUUUGUUCACAUUUCUUCAGUAAUCUGUUCAUUCAGGUUGAGCAGGUUUGUUUCUCACAACAUCAGUGUGUUACUGACCUCAUGUAUCGGCCAUCAGCUGAGCUGCUCUCAUUACACAGGGAACUACCGUCAAACCUGUGUGUGAGUGUGUGUUUGUGUGUUUGUGUGUCUGUGCAUGUUACCUGGACACACUGCCUGCAGAAAAAGAGAGAUAGAGAGUGUGUGUUUGUGUGUCAAUCUGACUACAUUAAACUCCACAGAGACCUUAAAUGAUCCAUUCAACAUGAGCGAACUUCAGGCCCAGUUUGAGUCUGCAGAGAUUUGUGCGUGUGUGUGUGUGUGUGUGUGUGUGUGUUUGUGUGUGUGUGUGUGUGUGUACCUGUAUUACAGGCAGUUAGCAGGGUGUGUGGGGUGUGUAUUUUCAGGGAUUAUUGUAAUAGAGGAGUGUGAGACAGUUCAGACAGAGUCAGGCUCACACAUGCCUCCCUUUCUCUUCUCUCUCUCUCUCUCUCUCUCUCUCUCUCUCUCUCCCUCUCUCUCUCACACACACGCACACACAUACACACAUACAAAGGCUGUUAUUAGCGGUGUGUUUUUCUCUGACUCAUCAGUUCUCUUUGAGGACAUUUCACACGUCAUGAUGAUCAUUAAAAAUGGCCACCACCGUGCCAGCUCCUCUCACACACUUUCACACACACAUACACACACACACACAGAUCUUAAAGGAGGAAUACACUCUGGUUGAACUAGUUUUCCCUCAUCAGACACGGUUUAAUCUAAAGUUUUCACACUGUGUGAACAUGUACGUGUGUGUGUGUCAGUUGUGUGCUCACUGCCUGCUAAAACACAGGGAUGUCAGGGUUAGAAUAUAACAGACACACAGGCAAUACUUAGAACCAGCUAUCCUCAGUUUGAACUCUGCAGACCUGUGAACCUGUGGGGGUGUGUGUCUGAGAUUGAGGGUGUAUGUGGUCUCUGAACGCUCAUCAUGUCACGUCUCUGACUUGGAAACAUUUCGGUCGGUUUAGGUGGUUUAAGAUUUGUACAGAUAUUUAUCGCUGCAACAAAGUGGGACGAGGACCCACUGAGACUCUGCUUUCAUGUCGUAUUAUGAGGCAGGGUAACCUCAUCUGUGAAGCAUCAUUCACUUGGUUUCAGGAGCCAGAAAAAGGAGCUGCUGGACUGAAGCUGUUAGAUUAGAUCAGAUCUUAAAAACAGUUUGUUUGAAAGGAUGCUUGCUUAAUCAGACAUAUGCAAAUGUUAUUUUGAAGAAACGUGUGAUCAAAGGACAGCAUCACAUGAAUUUUUUUAAGUACAUUUUGACAGUUAAAGGUGGGGUCGGCAGGAUCUGAGGAAGUUUCAGUCUUUGGGAGACAUCUUGAAUGUAAACACUUCCCCUACCAACCAGUUUUCCCCUCAGCUCCUUCUCUCCCCUCCCUCUCUGCUCCAGCAAGCCCCACCCACAAACAGACGCUCCUGCUCGCUCGUAUCGUUCCAAUUAAAUUCAGAUAAAAUGCAGAUAAAUACUUCAGAUAAUUACAAAUGAGGCCCAGUCAACAUGAAAGUAAACAGCAUUGGUGCUACUGUAGAUGCCAACAGAAUACCAGGAAACACAAUGUUUGCAGGACUUCUACAACUAGGAUAAAGUGACAUAGUCCAGGACCUGAGCUAAACAGUUCAGCGGCGCUACAACACGCUACUUUGACAAGAAACACUUCUGUUACAGACACUUGGCUUACUUUGUUAGAGCGGUUUAUCUGUACAGCAGAAAGGGUCCAUAAGAUCCCAAUGUGACCCAAUUGUUUAUGCUUUAUUGAUGUUUUUAUUUUAUUGAUAUUGACCAGACUUUUUAGCUCUUGGCCGGUCUACCUCCUUUUCAAGCGCACGUUAUUCUGCCAGUCUCUCCGGUAUUUACUUAGUUUUCUUGCUUCUGUUGGCAGUCGAGGCAAAAGGAGGUUUCCGAUAAUUUUCCGUACUUUCUGGUUGCUUUCUACUGUCCGAUAUUGUAGCAUGCUAAUUUUGUUUGGGCUCGUGCACGUUAUUCAAGGAUGUGGAUUAUGCCUCACAACACGAGGGAGCAGCGUCCGCCUCACAACCAAUCAGGAUGGGGGAGGCGGAGAUUGGCUUUGUUUACAGUCAGAAAGUGCGGGCCAAAAAACAAAACACAGCGAUAUCGCUUAUAUCACCAAAUGUCAUCAAUGACUAAUAGCUAUUGACUGAUAUUAAAAGCUUUUUUGUAGAUACACAUCACUUCUUUAACGGAUUCCUGCCUACCCCACCUUUAAAUUGACUGCAUCAGAAAGCUAACAUGUUUCAGAGUCAUUUUAAGCAUUAAUUUGGUGUAAAAUUAUUCUCAUGGCAAAUUUCUGCACAUUAGAUAUGAGGAAGCACACCUGGUCACUACACAGAGAGCAUGCAGGUUCAGACUGGAGCACAGCGUCUGCAAGCUGCAGAUGGAGCUGCACUGUGCAGCAGUGCGCCUGUCGCUGUUCAGCUUGUUGUGAUAAGAGUCGAGCCGGCUGCCACUUCAGUGUGCAACCAGUGGAAGAGAGAGAGGGAGAGUAAACGGGAGAGUGAGAUGGAGAGAGACGAACAGACAGAGAGAGAGAGAGAGAAACUGAGCUGAGUUAGGGAGGACGGCUGCUGUCUGCAGGGCUCAAAGUAGGAGGAAGAGGAGGAGGAGGUCAGGAUUAAAGUUGCUGCUCCUCUCUGUCUGCUCCUCCCUCCUCUCUCCUUCCUUCCUCUCCUUCUCUCCUCUCCUCUUCCCUCUCCUUCCUCUGUCUGUCUGGUCUCAUUCCUUCCAUACCAGACAUAACUGCUGGCCAGCUGAGUGAGUCUGCAGCCUCUCGCUGUAAAGAACAACCAGAGUCAGCAUUCAGUUGUAUAACACAUAAUUACAACAAGUUGUGGAAACACACACACACACACAGACACGCACACGUGCUCACACACAGUGUGGUGAGGGGAGCAGAGAGGGGGCUGUGAUAGUUUAUUUUGAAGUCAAGUCUUUACUCUCUCCCAGUUUCAGCCUGAGACAGAAAACUUUGACUGUCUCUGUGUUCCGACCGUCCUCUCUGUCCGGUUUCAGAUCUUUAUGUGUUUGUCACUGUUUCUUGAAGGAUCUGAACCUCCUGAGCGGCUGAGGAAAACCUGAUUUUGAGGAUGACUUCAUUUAUUUCAUGUUUCAGUCGUUCUAAUCACAGAAUGUAAUUUGAUGAGUUUCCACCAGUGUUCUGGUUUGAUCCUGUUCAGUCUGGUUCAGUUUGGUGAACCCUGAUCAUGCUCAUGUUUCCUCAGCAGACCGAAGUCUACCCUCAAGCUUCAGCUUCAGAGCUGCACCCUUCAGCUGAGUUUUGUUCAUAGUCUUGUUGAGAAUUGGCACUUUAUAAAUAAAGAUUGAUUGAUUGACUCUGUAAAGACUGUCAGCUCAUUUUGAGACUGUGGUUGUAAAGUUGAUGAUCUGCUGUGCUGUUUCUCCUGCAGCUCUAAAUGCAGCGCCGACACAGGGACAGUGAACUCUUGUCGUGUUUCUUAGUUCAGCAUGUAUCUCUCUGGUUUCACAGUAUUGAUGGUUUUGCGUUGGUUAUUGAAGCAGCUGUUUUGCUCUCAGUGAAGUUUCCUGGUUCUUAUUUGCAGCAUAUUUCUGCCAUUGCUCUAGUUUGGGAUUUUUGCGUGUGUUUCUGAUUUUACCGUUUCUCUGAAAGAUUGUUCGGACUGGUCUGCAUCAUCAGACUCUGUAUUGAUCCGCUGAGAGUCUUUUCUGUCUUCAGCUUGUGUUUUCUUUUUGCAUAUAAACUGAAUUUAACUUUUGUGCCUGUAUUUGAGAGGACAGUGCGGUGGACAGAGAAAGAAACAGGGAGAGAGACAAAGGAGCCACAGGCAGGAGUCAGACCUUCCUUCCCACUAAAAGCAUAACCUCUCUCUCUCUUUCUCUCUCUCUCUGUCUAUCUUCAGCUCUUGUCCCUCAACUCUGCAGACAGAAGUGUUCUGAGUGUUAUCAGCUCACUCUGGCUACCUACACACACACACACACACACACACACACAUACACACAUCUAUACACACACACAACAGUCUGGACAUGUCCAUGUGUGGUCAUGGUUUCAGCUGAGUUUAGAUGUUCCGAUAGAGAUGGGGUCUCAGCGUUAAUGACCUAUUUAUAACACACACACACGCACACACACACACACACACACACACACACACACACACACACACACACACACACACUCUAAAUGUGUGUCUGCAUAGAGUAUGUGUGUGUGUGUGUGUGUGUGUGUGUGUGUGUGUGUGUGUGUGUGUUACCUGAAAACCUGUCAGCCUGUUAUCCUGGUCUACAGGGGGCAGUGUGAUGGCUGCAGGAAGUGAGGUCACCUGUGCACAGAGUCCGAAAUUAAGAACAAGAUGUUAAAGUUAUUUGAGAUGAAACAAACUCAUUAAUACACAGAAAAACCCACCUGAAAGAGAGUGGGUCUGUCCUUACCCUCCAAUGGUUAACAAGUCUGAAGAUAUUCCCUGAAGUGGGUCUAAAACUUGUUUUGCUUGUGUUCAGGCUGUUUUCAGCUGCAGGUGUGUACAGCUGCAGAGCAGUGUGUGUGUGUGUGUGUGUGUGUGUGUGUGUGUGUGUGUGUGUGUGUGCGUGCGUGUGUGCGUGCAGAGAGGAUAAAUCAUACUGAGGUUCUCACAGAGCUCCUGGUGAUUGAUGGCAGGCUGAAAAGUCCCAUAAAUACAGAUCAUUAGAAGAGGAAACAGCUGACGGCUGGUUCAUCUCUUUGUUCUGGGUGGAGACCUCAGGUGAUGAAAAAUGAAGUAAGCGCAGUUCCUCCGGUGUCCACCAGAGACUGAGUCCAAAUGUGAAGGAAACGAUGUGUAUGAAUUUGCAGGUUUUGGAAUCAGGCUGAGUCUACAGAAACCAGAGGGUGAGGACUGUCUGUCUGUCUGUCUGUCUGUCUGUCUGUCUGUCAGGUUUCUGCCCUGAAGCUGAGGCCCCACCCCCUUUUGGAUAAAAGCAGACCUUCCAAAAUGAAUUGAGAAUAAUGUCAGUUCAGGAUACAAGAGUCACCUCAGCUCACAGUACAUCAGCUGAUCCAAACUUCAGACCAUAUCAGCUGACAGCUCAGCUGAUUACCUUCCUCACACCCAACAGUCGGAUAAGAAAAUGUUUAUCCCACCUACUCUUCCUGUUUCCUCUACAACCCUCCUCCACCCCAGCUCCUGUUGUUUGUGAUUACAUCAGUGUCUUUGCUGCUGCUCCCCCUGCCUCAACCUCAAUUCCCCCUUUUUUUUUUUUAACAGUGUUUCUGAGUUUACCAGGGUCUAACACGGUUUAACUGAACUGCUGAUUUCCUCACUGGUUUCACUGGUUUUUAACUAUCAAGUCUGAUUGCUGUAGAGAGGAGGAAAACUCUGCAGACUUUUAGCUCCCAGUGAAACCCUGAUGAGAAAUAACGCACUGAAAAAUCUUCAGCUAAAAACAAACUGAGCUAAUGUUAGCUGCAGCUCAGCUUGCAGCCCGUCUUGAUGUCUGGUUGAGUACGUUGUUCAGAAGAGCAGCAGAUAUAUCAUCAGUUUAAUGCGUCAGAAAGCUCAUUAAAAGCCUGAUCAUGCCCACUGUCUCAGAAUAAAUCUGUCCUCUAAACUGUGAAAUUAGCACCAGGUCAAACUGAAGUUAUCCCUGGGUACACUGGACACUGCAUCUAUUCAGAUCCAGCGUAUUGGCCCCAAAUAAUGAGCAGGUUUUGGGUAAAUCAUAAUGUGAAGAAAACAAUAAAACUGCAGUGCCUCUUAUUUUAGCUAAAGCGCAUAAACAUGGGCAGACUGGCUUUGUUCCAUCUAAAGGGUCCAAUGCAGUUUCUUUUUGGCCCCAGUACUGGCCAUACUGGUAGCAGGAGAGCCAAGACUUGGUUUGCCCAGAGCUCGUAGGGGCCCCCAAAAGUGCGAACUCUGUCAAGCCUGUGGAAUCUGUAGCUCAGGUUUGGUGGCUGGAUAAAUGCGGACAAAAUGUGGUUCAGACUGUAGCGCCCCUGAAACUCCACAACCACUUUUGCAAAUACAUUAUUAUUGAAGGGGGGCAUAGAGGCAGGUAACUUGAGUGGUGCCUAGGGGUCAAAGGUUGCAAAUUGUAUGAUAAAGGCACUAAUGGCUUGGUGGUUUUUGAACACCCCUUUUAUAGAGAAACUGUACUCCUCAUGGCAGUGAUUGCUGGUUUGACUCCCAGCCAUGACUCUUUGCUGCACAUCUUUCCCCCCUCUCUACUCCCCAUGUUUCCUGUCUCUGCAGCUGUCCUGUCAAGUACUGGGAGGUUAGGAGCACUGUGGAGCAGAACAGAUUAUAUUUAAUGUGUCUUAUCUUAGAGACACAAGGUGGCAUUUCUCUGAUUUCUUGGGAAACUUUUUGUCUAACCAGUCUUACUUUUUUAAGACAAAAAGUCCCCAAUAUCGCAGGACUUUUAAAAGUCCGCAGAGUAAUCAUUGAAGUGUUCAGACUUAUGUUUGUUGUUGUAUAACGACUGAUGAUGGAGUGAUGAUGAUGCUCCUGUUUGACCCUCCCUGUCCUACAUCAGAGCAUCAGCUUCACAUGCAGAGCUGAGGACAAAUAUAAACUCUGAGCUCAGAGGACAUUUUUACCGAGAGCUCUGAAUAUAACGCCUGAGCUGUUCCUUCAUUAAUGCUGUGUGAUGUGAGUGUGUGAGGGUCACAUGAUGUGAUCUACAUCAUGUGACCCUCAUCAAAAGCUUCAUAAGCUGUUUGAAAGAGCCUGAAUUCACUGCAUUUCUUCACUUUUUUACACAUGUGAUGUGUUUAUUGCUCCAUGAGACUGAGCAUGCUCAGUAGCAGCUUUGGAGACAGACUGAUCUGGAAUGACCCCCUGCUGUGGGAGGAGAGGGUUGGGGGCUAAGACACUACCUUGUAUACACACACGCAGCCGGAGCAUGUGUUUCUGUGGGGGGUGAGGAUUAUCUGUACAGCCAGACAGACAGACGGACAGAGGAUCAUAACAGCCCUGACUGACCGUCCUCUGUGACCCCUCUUCUGAGACCAUCCAUGACCCCCCCUACAGAGACCUGGUUUGUCCCGAGUUGUCUGAGCUUUUCCUUACAGGCUCACUGAGUGGAUCAUUGUCUGGUUUCCUGCUCCUGUGAAUCCAGUUCAGUCAGUGUUUCUGUGUUUCUGUCAUUUUGACUUCAGGCUGUCUGUGUCUGUGCAGGAGUGAGCGCUCUGCUGUAUGUGAGGAUCUUUGUCUGUCGGUCAGCAGGAGGGGCGCUGAGUAUCUGGACAUAAUCAUGUACACAAACAUCAGACUAGUCCAUCAUCAGUGUCGAGGUAUUUAAGAUGGGGGUUUCUUAGAGUGAUUAAUGGAUCAGAUAAGAGCAGAAACCCUUAAUAUUGAAACUUAGUAAAAGCCUGUGUUCUGUUCCUGUUCAGUUGGUCUGUCCUCCCUCCUAGAGCUCUGGAGUCUCUUUCCCUGAUGCACACUCAAAAACUCUUUCCAGAUCUCUGAUUAGAGUCUCUGAAAACCUUCAUUUUAGCCUCGACUGAAACCCUUAAUUUAAGGUACUUUCUCUUUAAAGGACUUCAAUAAUGAUUAGAACCAGCAUUCUAAAAACCAGCAUUCUAAAAUCCAGCAUUGCUGGAACCCAGCAUAAAAAACAAAUAUUCUGGAACACAGCAUUCCAGAACCCAGCAGAAAGAAACAAGUAUUCCAGAACCCAGCAGAAAAAACAAUUACUCCAGAACCCAGCAUUAUAAACUUUUAUUCCGGAACCCAAAGUAAAAAAACAGUAUUCCCGAAACUGCAGAAAGAGCAGGUACUUUGGAAUCCAGCAUUAAAAAAAAGCAUUCCAGAACCCUGCAUAAAAAAACGAGUAUUCUGGAACCAUCUUAAACUUUUAUUUCAGAACCAAACAUAAAGAACGAGUAUUCUAGAAUCCAGCAUAAAAAUCGAGUCUGAAACCCAGCAUAAAAAAAAGGUUUUCUGGAACCCAGCAUCAAAAAAUGGGUAUUCCAGAACCCAGCAUAAAAAAUGAGUAUUCUGGAACCAUCAUAAAAAAGCAGAAUUCUGGAACCCAGCAUUCAAAAACCCUUUAUUCUGGAACCUAGCAUUAAAAACGAGUAUUCUGGAACCCAGCAUUUUAGAAACUUGCAUAGCAGAACCCAAAACUAUGGAACACACAUUUAAGGACUCCGCAUUUAAGAAAAAACCCUCCCAUUCAAAACCUAGUAUUCCAGAUCUCAGUAUCCAAGGACAAAUGUCUCAGAACCCAGCAAUCUGGAACCCAGCAUUUCCUAACCCUGUGCUCUAGAACCCAGCAUCCAGAAGCUAGCUCCAGACCCCAUAGAAAUUCACUUCAGAUCAUCUUGCCCUAGUUCCUCUCUAUGCUGUGUGAUUCUGUGUUCAGCGCUGAUAAAUAAGGGGUUAAUUCUGUCUGUUUUCUGACUGCUGGAGCAGUGAGUCGGUCAGAACUGUUCCCCAUGUGACACCCAGAGGUGGUGAACUUGGUCUAUAAACCACAUGAACACUCACAGCAACACAAAGUGUUGGAACGAUGUUUGAGUGGCUCCAGUCCAGCUCUGAUGAUGUCAUGUCAGGAUGAGAGAGAGAGAGAGUGUGUGUGUGUGUGUGUGUGUGUGUGUGUGUGUGUGUGUGUGUGCGUGUACUACAGAGCAGUACUAAUAAGACUCCUCUGUUUAGCUCAGACUUCCUGUUUCCUGAAUGGUUGACCACAUCGGAGUGUGUGAAGGAGCUAUGACCUUUGACCUCUUUGUCUCGGAUGAGGUCUGGGGGACAGCGUUUUAUUUUGAAAUAUAUCAGUCUCUGUUCCUGUUGCUGGUGUCUGGUUAGCCAUGAAUCCAGCACACAUGGUUUUGUGGAGUUUGUUAAAGUACUGAUGUCAGCUAUGUCAGUCAUGCUGUCCAGUGAAGCAGACAUACCUGAUCCUGAGCAGCAUCUCCUCUCUGACUCUGGAGUUUCUGCAGACUGAGGCUUUAUUGAGAUAUUACUGCAGAUCUAAUUUAGUGGUCAGUCUACUCUGAAGUAUACUUUUUUAUAUUCUUUUAUACAUCGCAGGGUGAAAGCAUCAGAGUAUAUUUCCAUGCAGUACAUUUGUAGGUUUAUAAAUGAUGUAUAUGUAUAUCUUUGUAACUGUGAGUUUUUCAUGGAUUUCACCUGUUUUGGAUGUCUGUAUUUAGCAUGGUCACUUCAGGACAUCACUUAUGUUGAAAAAACCCUUUAGCGGAGCUUUCUGGUGUGCAGACCUUUAUGCGAUUGUGUUGUUUUCAAUUUGGGAUCCAGCACCCAAAUAAAGAUGUGCAUGUCUAAUCAGAUUUUUCUGCAUAACACAUUUUAAAAGAAUAAUGUUUAUUUUCUUGUUUCAAAUGGUCUUUGUUCCUGAAAUUCUGAGUUAUCUAUCAGCAUGAAUUCACUUCUCCUCUGUCAAUGUGUCCCUCCAGAGUCCGGAGUCAUGAAGCUGAAUCCACAACAGGCCCCUCUAUAUGUGAGUAUAAACCAUCAACAUGCAUUUUAACACAUUGAAACACAGACUUUACCAGUUUAACCAGUAUGACCAGACACAGCUUACAGAGCCUAAUCUCCAUAUUAUAAAUGAAAUAACUGACAAAUCAUGCUGCACUAUAACAUGACAUCUGAGAGCAGCUCAACCUCAGCCCCUCUGUGAUGAGCUCUGUUACCCAUGUGUGCAUUAUGUGUGUGUGUGUUUGUGUGUGUGUGUGUGUGUGUGUGUGUGUGUGUGUGUGUGUGUGUGUGUGUGUGUGUGUUGUGUGUGUGUGUGUGUGUGUGUGUGUUUGAGGAAGUGAAAUAGUGUGUCACAGCUGUAACAGAGGUGUGCACCAGUUUAAGACUUGCGAUAAAUCUUCUGUAGUGAGGGAUGAAGUAAGAAACUCAGUGAGGGUUUGUUGUCUGUUGUUUGUGCAGAUGUUGAAAUUACCAGAACAGGAACUCAGCAGGGGGUUGACUCUCUUUCACAGUAAAAGCUCAUGAAACAUAAAAUAAACUGUUUAAAAAAUGUGAUUUUAAUCUGAAACCUUUUUAUUCCACUGAUGAGCAGGCAGACUCAAGCAUAAAAGCAUAGCGACAUCACACAGUCCUGUGACUUUUGGCCAAUCAGAUAAUGUUGUGGGCGGGUCAACAGUGAGGAGUGAAAACAGAGGCAGCAGAGCUGAAACAGCUGACUUCAUAAUCAAUGACUUUAUCAGUGAUUGGACAAAUUCACACUGAUUUGAUAUCACAUAACUGUUUUAAGUAAGACUGUUUUUAAUGAUGUUGUUGGUUAACUUAUGUGUCUGUGUAAUUAGAUACUGUGUAUGUGCCCGUCAGCAACAACAGCUGCUGCUCAUUUCUUCUUUUUAGAGGAAACACAAAACAGGAGAAAUAAGAGCAGAACAUUUUCCUGUGAGGCUCAUUGAACAUGUUCCUGUGCUUAAAAAUACUUGAGAGAAAUGUACGCACAAAUGGGUUACUGACCCAAAAACACACACAAACCACUCAGCUGAUUCAUCAAUACCUCACUGAGAGACAGUCCAGACCUGAUCAGACCUUAGGACUCCACCUGAGGGGUCUGAUCAAACACAAACAUGGUACUGAAGGACAGGGGUGGGUGUGUGCAUGUGUGGAUGUGUGUGUCACAUGCUACACAGCUGUUCAAGUCAAAUAUGUAAACUGCAGCUUGAACAUCACUCCCAUGUAAACACAGAGUCUGACACAGGAGCUGCAGCUGCUUUAUGACCGCUGUCAGUGUUUGAUGAAUCUGCAGGUUGUGUUAUUGUGUUUUUUAUGGGAGGUUAAAGGUCAGGAGCUGAACACAGAUGACCUUAACAUGUUCAUCUUUGUGUUAGAAGCUGCCUGUGUGAACUCCUAUGUAUUCAUUGCAACACUGAUGUUUAUGACUCCUGCAGAUCAGAGAUAGAUUGAUCAAUGCCAUUGUUCAGUAAUCUGCGUCAUUAAAGCUACUGUGAGGAAUUUUCUGCACGUGCUAACUUUUGUGCCCCCUCUCAACAAAGUGAUUUAUUGUUGCUGGAUCUGAUUAAUCUUUGUCUAUAUGCAGUUAGAGGACAAAUAAUUGCUGAGGAAAAUGUAAGGACUGUUUCUUUAACGUAUAACCCCCACACACAUACAGACACAGCUGGGCAGGUAUUUAAACCUACAGUUUAUUAACGGUCAGGUAGGUCAUAAACAUCCUUAUCUACUUUUACGUGUGAUAAAGUCUGUUUGCACUGUUCAUUCCACCUUGUUUCAAAAACUCCUCACAGGAGCUUUUGAACCAUUUUCUAUUGUUAGCAUUAGCAUGCCAUGUGUUCAAUGUAUAAUUAAUAUUCCUGAUGCUCUCCUUAAGAACAACUCAACAACAGUCCAGGUGUGUGAGCUAGCGUGACUGUUUCCUCUUUCAGACGCAGCCGAGCAUCUGCGUCUGUGUGUGUGUGUGUGUGUGUGCCGUAUGAAAAAGUGUGUGUGAUGUGAAACAUUCCUGAGUGCUAUUGUUAGCCCCUGUUUUGUGGGUGUGGCUGUUAACAGGCUUUUAACUGCGUGUUCAGCACAAGUGUGUGUGUUGUGUCAUGUUUCAGUCUGUGUGUGUGUGUGUUUGUGUGUGUUUCAGGGGGUCUGUUAAACUCUGCAGGCUGGUUCAUUUUAACCCCAUCAUGUCUGAGAGCUUGUUCAUACAGACUGGGCCUUUGGGGACAUAAACAGCAACAACAAAAAGAGUUUUCAUAUUUAGGAAAGAAAAUAAAAGCUCAUAUUUCUAAAGUCAGACUUCAGUAAAUCAUGUCCACAUUCAUACUCAGUGCAGUGUCAACAGUUGAGUGUAAACAGUGCUGUGUUGUGUUGUGUGGUGCAGCUGUUUGACAGACUGUAGGUGGAGCAGCCUCUCUGCGGAGCUGCACACACAGACUGACACAGUGACACUAAAACUACAAAGAGCAUCUGCAGGAUGAUGAGGACCCACUGGCAUUAAGACUGGAUAGAAUAUAAAAAAGAUUUUUAAGAAUUAGAUAAGAAUUUCAGUUAGAUAAAUGAGAUUUUGAUUUUCACUUGUGAUCAAAUGUAAACGGUAAAAGAAUCUUGUCUGUUUUUUCGUCGGUGUUUUGGUCUAACAGCAGCAUUAAAGUCAGUCUAAAUCAGCCCACCAAACAUCGGACGUUGAAAAGACGUGCAGAUCAAGUCAGUAUUGCAAAGUACAGUAUAGUACAAGACGUCGAAAUGACUUUAAUUCUGCACCUGAAGGAGACGUGAUUUAGAAAAUCACGUUAUAUAGACGUCAUUUUGACGUCGCAUUGCGCAGUGGGAGUGCUUAGUGAAGGUGACGAUGAACAUGAUGAAGAGAAAAGCUGCAGACUGAGUGAAGAAGUAAUGAAAAUGAUGGAGUGUGAGGAGAGGAAGGCAUCUGAAUGAUAUUCAUCACAUCUAAUUGAGUGUGCAUGUGAUAUUCCUGUUAUAACCUGUAUCUUUGACUUCUUCAGUGGUUUUUAAAGGUAGCACCACCUGCUGUGUUUGAGUUCGGACACAAAGGAUGAGAAACACUGUGUUGAUGCCCUUUGUAUGUUUGUGUGUGUGUGUGUGUGUGUGGUCUCAGGGGGAGUGCGUGCUCACCGUGCAGCUGGAUGAUGAAGAGGUGUGUCAUACUGACAGAGAGGAGGAAGAGGAGGAGGCGGAAUUUUACCUUUUAUUCUCAGGAUCCACUCAGAGACACCUGAGCAGCACCCUGAGAGUCAGCCAGGUCACGCUGCAGGCAGUGUGUCCAGGUAACACACACACACACACACACACACACACACACACACACACACACACACACACACACACACACACACACACACACACACACUCUCUUUCUCUGCUCUUUCAUUUAGAAAGAGCCAGGUGUGCUUUGUUAGUCUCAGCUGUAAAUACUGAAGUUGGAAAAGAGGAAUGAGAGUUUAAAACACAGCUCAGAGCUGUGAGGCAGAGAUACAGCUGAGAUCAAUCUGACAUUAUCUGAUUAAACUUAGACAUGUAGAAAAGUAAAAGAGGACAAUUUUUUCAACAUUCACAAACUUAACCUUUAUGAGGGUUGUGACUCUGCGUAAGAUGAUAAACAGAAUUUGACGGUCUGCAAAUCCUUUAAGUUUAUCUUCAUGUAAAUAAGAUAAACUGAGAAACAACAUAUUACAUUACAUACAUGUUGAAAUCUCUGUUCAUUAUAAAUUUGAUGUUUCCAAAAAAUUGCCCCAGCUUAAAGGGAUAUUCCGGCGUAAAAUUAAGUUAGGGUCAAACACACCGUAACACCAAGUUAGACACCCCCUCGAGAGAUGAAUGUUGCCGAACACUUGCUUCUCUAUCUGCAGGUUUUUACACCAUCAUCAAUUCAGUCCCAGAGUGCUCCAGGUGAUUCAAAGAAAACAGCACACCUCACCUGUGUCAGUGUGAGUGCACAGGUGUGGUCUCUGAUGCUGCGACAGACACACAGUGAAUUGAGGAGAGAGUGGUAGAGUUAGGGUGUAGACCUUAGAGGGCGAAUGACUCACUCUAUGUGUGUGUGUGUGUGUGUGUGUGUAAGGAGCCGUAAUUACAGUAAUUACAGCUUAGGACAAAGUAGUGGGUAGAGUUUUGUCCCACGUUGAUGCUGCGUGGCUCCUCAGCAGCAGGCACGUAUUCACAUUAAUACACACCAAUUCUCUCACGGCUCAUAUGAAGCCAGUUUGCCUAGCUUAGCAUGAAGUCCAGAAACAGUUUGCUCUACACUCCCUUGUCCAUCAGUAAAAGUUGGUUGAUGUACGUCAAGUAUUUACGCUGAUGGAGGGCACAACCUGAAUCAGACACACCUCAGUAUUUUAGUAGUUAUGGGUCUGACUAUUUCCUGGAGCGGUAUCUCUUUGUGUUGAGCUCUGGUUAUCUGAUACAGCAGUGAGUUCUCCCAGAGAGUGGUGAGGAAUAAUUUAAAAACAAAACUUCAGUCAUUGUUGGAGGUGUUGGACAUGCAGAGGCUGGGAAGAAGAACGCAGAUGACUUCUUCUCUGUAAGGCAUUGCUUUACAGCGAGACAAACAGCUGCAGACUAAAAGACAAAUAAAAUGCAAGAAUAUAUUUCUACAUAAGACUGUCGAUUCAAAUUUGAGCUCUUUUAGUUGAAAAGCUUUGACACACAGAUAUAGUUCAGAAUGAGUUCAUUUCUCUUUUCCUAAGAAUGAUCAACCAUGUUUCAGAUCCACUAAUCAGAAAAAUAAGGAAGUGAUUAUAAACAUUUAUGACAGCAUAAUUUAAAAGUUUUACAGCUGGGAAUUUAAUGUCUUCCUAACAACAGAGUCUUUUGAGUAUUGGGUUUCAUUGCACAGAAGUCCAAAAACUUUAUCCAGUUAUAAAGAUUCAUUAAAAAAACUCAUUCAGUGAAUCAUGAGAAGUUAUAGUUUCUGUCACAUACAAACUAAAGACGGUUGUAUUUCUUACAUUAUAUUACAGCAUGACUCUGGCCUCUAUUUGAGCCGACUAAAUGAAUAAACAUCUUUUUUUUUCAGUCAUAAUAAUAAUCUCUGCUUUAUCUGGUUAACAUUAAAUUUCUAAACUGAGAUGCAUUUAUUAAAGGACCCUCUCAGUCUGAAGGAGGAACUUCAGCUAAUAAAGAGCUGGUCUAACAGAAACGCUUCAGUCUGACCUGAUCUGUUAUACUCAAACUGUGUUUGUGUUUGUGUGUGUGUGUGUGUAUUUUUGUAUGUGUGCAGCCCAUAAUGUGUGUGAGCAGGUCUUGGUGACAUUAUGUGUGGCUCGGCCCGGUGAACCAGUGGACGCUCACUCUCAGGAGACCUUCAGCUUCGUACAGGUAAAACUUUCUGUUGACCAAUCACAAAGGAGAGCAUUAAUACUCUGAAGAUUAGGCCAGUGCUGAUGGGUCUCUGCGUGUGUAUUUGUGUGUAGGACCUGGCUCUGGACAUGGCUCACUUCCUCCUCCACAGCACAGAUCCAGAAGAAGCUCUGCUACUUGAGGAUCAGCAGGUGAGUCAGGUUAAACACAGCUCAGGUGUUUACCAGAUGAGAUUACAGUCAGUGUCUACAUACUACUUCAAGCUCUAUUUCAGGCUCUGCUUCACAUGGAGGGGAAAAGACAAUGAAUCUUUGAAAACUCUAGCAUUAAAAAUCGUCCCUUCUCCUUUAAUUAAAACACGCUGAGUACCACCUUUUUGCUAAUGUGACAAAUACACACAGAGCAUCUCCAGGACAAAUCCACUCAUACUCUUGAUUUUAGCAGUUGAGAUUAUGCUGGACACCUCACCUUAUAAAAACUUUAUACUAGACCAAAGUAAAGUCUUAUUAGACUACUAAUUUUAUGAAAUCCAUAAUGAAGACGAAUAGACUCAUAAUUCUACUGUUAGAACAAGGUCAUUGGAAGAAGCUGUCUUAUCUUUUCAAGGCUGAUUCAACUGAUGUGAUCUGUGUGUGUAUUAUGUGUUUCAGAUCCCUCUGAAGGAGUGUGUGAAGCUGGAUCAGAGUCUGGCCCUUGCCCUUAAACACCUGAGCCCACCCACCCUCAGGAUGGCGUCAGGAAGAGGCCCCUCCCACUCAGAUUCAGACAUGGAUGUACACACGAGGAUAGGAGAGACGCUGUCACACAAAGACACAGAGACACCUGAGCACACACAGAGAUACAGGAACACAGGUGAGUCACAACGCAUCAUCUGCCACUGACCCCGACUCCUCUGUGAUCCUCCUUGACCCUGAGGUAACCCUAGCAAUAUGGGUCCAAUUUAAAAAACAGAAUCUGUACUAAAAGUGCACUAACAUAAAAAAAUCUGAAGUACUGCGCACCAAAACUCACUUGGAUAGAUGGUCAGUGCAGCUCACAAAUGAAAAAGCUUAAAUGAGCUCAAGAUCCGAGGCCCCUACAGUGACCAGGAGAAAACUGUUACUGAGGCAAACAUGGAGGACCACUAAUUGUUUUCUUCACAGUGAGUGGCUCUAAAUGAAAAAAAAUCAGCUCAAGAUGACAUGCUGCUGCAGCAUCCACAGUGUCAGUGCAAACAUUGUCGAUCAUUACACUGUGGCAGAAGAAGAAGACUGACACUGUGUUCUUAGACGCCUGUAAGGGUCUCUUUGGAUGAUGAAGUUCAGACACUCAGUUUUUCUGCUCUGAGCUGCAGAGGAAUGUGAAGCUGAGACCAGGCUGGUGAGAUUUUCAUUAGACUUUGAGGAACUCUUCCAUGAUGUAUUGGACAAAGCUCCCAUCAGGAGUUUCCUCUGCCUCUGCAGUGUUUGUACCCGCAGUCCCGUGUUUUUAUAGAUCACAAACUUUUAUUGCAUACACAGUAUUUCUAAAUGUGACUGUUUUGUUUUACCUUUUUCCUGUCUGAUUUCUGCACAUUGUAACACAGAACUUUUUGAUGUAACACUCUGACUGCAGAGCCUUUUUUCAGGGUUCGUUUUUGGUCAAUAUAUCAGUGAAGAUGUAUUUUCUCUGAAUAAGCGUCACCCUCUUUAUCGUCCUCGUUUUUCACUCACUGAGCUGUGUGUGAAAAUCACUUAAUCAGACUUUCUGCUGCUUAGAAGACAUCCACGUUUCCAGAACAUAACACGGGCCUACUGUCACAGGUUAAUAUCUUAUAAGUCAGCUGUUUAACACUCUGCUUUUUGUGAUGUUAAAUCACAGUAAGUCUCACUGUGAAGAUCUGAAGAUGAAAACAAUUGAAGACGGUGAACCUGACAUGCUGUGAAAUGUGUAGAAGCGUGUUGUUGUUGCAGUGUGUAGAGGCUUUAGGUUGUUACAGUGAAUUAAUUCAGUGCAUGUACACAGAUUUUAGGAGAGCUUGGUACAAUGGAUCUGGAUUUAUCGGGUAAAUAAGACAUUGACGGUGUCUACACCCCCCUCUGGAGGAGGACAGACACAGACAGAGGAAGAUUUGCUGCCUCUUUAUUCCAUCUACAGCAGUGAGACUAAAGAAAACUCACUGUGCUGUUCUCAUACAGUCAGCUGUUUGACAAAUACUAGACACUUUAAGGUGGACUCUUUCCUCUCCUGUUACUCCCUGCAUCACUUACCGCCUCAAAUAUCUGACUGUGGAGUUUGUUUGAUUGUGUCUCCUGCUUUAGUGAUGAUCAGUUCAUAAAUGGUGGAUUUUAAUGACUUCAAACAGACUGAUAUUUCAGUGUGCUGCAGGGUUUGUCAUGAUACCAAUAAAACCCAUGCAUCCAUGCAAAAACAUAAAGAACUUAUUCAUGUGUUCAUUUGUAACAGAGUUCAAAUGACUCUGUAGAAUAUAUGAUGUUGACCUCUUUAUAUGAACUAAUGAAUAAUUCUGAUUUAUUGAGCUGCAGCUGUAGGAGUGUCUCUGUCCAGCAGGGGUCUCUGUUCUAUUUCUUAUCCUCUGACCCCCCUGUGUGUCUCAUUCCCCCCACCAGCUGACACGCGGGUCCAGCAGCUCUGCAGUCUGCUUAACUUGGCAGCCCGUCACGGUCUGCCGGCGGUGGCAUCCUUCGUCUUGCAGCAGCCAGGAGGUCCAGAGGCGCUGAGGAGGACCAACGCUCAAGGAGAGACGGCCACUCAAGAGGCGGAGAGACGAGGACACAAGAAGCUGCUGGAGCUUUUUAAAAGGUGAGUACAGGACAGAGAGUUUGAUUUAGACAGUGAGUCUGUCUGCUGGAGAGGAGCUUAUUUUCUGAAGUCAGGUUCUCUGUUGUGAACCUCACUGAGAGACAUGAAACCAGGAAUUUGGGACCAGAGGAUCAAUACUGAAGAGGAUAAUUUGCAGACAUGAUCAAUAAUACAGAUAAUCAAAAACAAAGAGAUUCAAAAACAGAGAAUCAAAAACACAAAGGAUCAAUAACACAGAGGAUCUAUAACAGAGAGAAUCAAUAACACUGAGAUUUUUAAGUGAGUCCAUUCUUUAAACACAAACUAUAAGAGAACUUUGCUAGUAAAAUCAAACCAGUCAUAUUAAAGGGAUAUUUCACAGUUUUUAAGUGGGUUAAAAAGUCACUGUGGAUGUCACAAUGGAGAACCUGCACACAAGUUAGGGUAGUGUAUUCUGCAGACAGGCCGACUGACAGAGAGUCUGACCCAAACACUUGACUCAGUUUCAGUUUACCCUCUACUGAGACAGUUCCUCCUCCAUGUGGUUUUCUGACUAAACUCCGGAAUGUUGAAGGAAGUGGAUAACAGACAGUGUUCAGUCUUCAGUAUAGCAGUGGAUUCUGGGUGGUUGGUGAUGGUCUCAGACUGCAGCUUGAUUUGGAUUCUCAAAGAUCCAGAGUGGUUAUUGGUACCAGGUCUCCCUCCUCACAGACAGGAGUUUUCUCUGUUUGGUAACCUCUCCUGCCCUCCAGUUUGCUCAGAAGUUUCUCCACUUUCUCCUUCUGUACUUCAGGUUGUCUUUUUCCUACAGUCUCAAUGGCAGUCCAUAGUCAGGAUGGAUUCUGAAUAUAUGCAAAACUAUGAGAUUAGUGAUUGUAAAUAAGGACGUUUUAUUUAUGCAGAACUUUUAGCAGUGAUAGUAGGAAUAAAAAGAUGAAAAUUUGAGACACAUAUGAAUAAACAGAGAGAAAACAACAACAUACUCACAUAGCAGAAAAAAAUCAUCUAAAGGGUGAAAAGAAUAAAAAUACGGCCAAACAGUGUGUAGACUAACAGAUAAACAGGUCACGAAGACCUCCAGCAGGUUGUUGAACACAGUCAGUACAGCAUGUGCAGAAUGUGAGGAUGAAGAUGAAGAUCAGGUCUGCAGUGUUCAGUGUUACUGCACAGCAACAGUUGACUGGUUUAUGUGAGAUUCUUUGCACUGUUAGAAAUUUAUAAAUGAGGGUGACCAUAUUCUGACUUCCCGAAAAGAGGACACGACUAUGUGGGGGCGGAGUCACACAGUCGCACAAAGUUAAUUGUUGAGGGUUUUUCGGGUCGGAUCGAGUGUCUUUUACGCGCUUCUAACUCAGUAAGUCCACAUGACACAAAAUCAUCAUCUUAUGUACAAAAUUCUGGAUAUUUGAAGGAUUUUAUAAACUUCCCUGGAUAAACCUGGACAGCCCCCCCAAAAAAGAGGACAUCACCCUAAUAUAAACAUUACACACCUGUGGAAAUAUCAGUGAGUUAGUUUGUGGUUUUGAAUGAUGAUAAUAAUGCGGUAUCUCCACAUGUGAGAGUCGCAGCAUGGAGCUUUAAUCAAUGAAGUUUCUCCUGUAAUAAUAAACAGUGUCAGGGAGUGAGUCAGGAUCUGAGAGUAUAAGGGCCCGAUAAUCCACUCCCACUCAGGACUGAACAUGUUAACACAGUGGGUAAGUGUGGAGGGACAGUUGUGGAAAGGCCUGUAACCCCUCCCUUUCCUCUGUCCCAUACUGAUGAUGUCACAGUAUCUGAGUCAGUGGGUCAGGCCCCGCCCCCUGUGAGGAGGAGACAGGAAGAAGAAAAAGGGUGGAGGAGUCUGAGAACAAUGGAGCACAGUACACAACUGACGGAGAUAAACACAGACUGUGUGUGUGUGUGUGAGUGAGUGUGUGUGUGUGUGUGUGUGUGUGUGUGUGUGUGUGUGUGUGUGCGUGUGUGUGGUAAUAAAGUCUGCAUACUGAUUUAAGUGUCACAGAGGACCCUUUUGUUUGGAUCUCUGUCAUCAUGUUUCUCUGUUUCAAUCUGUGCAAUUUUUUAAUGCAAACUUUAUUUAAACAGAUAAUCUGACUUAGACACAGACAGACACUCAUACACAAACACAGACAUAGACUUAGACACAUACACAAACUCAGGCCCUGUCCACACAGAGAAUAAAAAAACAAUAUAUUGCCGUUUCAUUUUGAAAAAGUUUUUCUGUAAAGACAGAGAAGCUGCUCUGAGAUCUAAAAGAAUUAAAAUCGAGUCCUCCCCUCUAUCUGCUGCUGAAAGGUCAUCGGUCACAUGGAAGAGGGCGGUCACAGUGCUGCGACCCGCUCUAAAACCAGACUAAUAAUGUCAACAUGAUAUAAAUAAACAUGUACAGAUUUAUUAUUUCAGGGUUAUUCGAAGGAGAAAUUAUCCUCCGAUACAGAGAAAGAGACAAAGGUGAAAUUUACUGUAAAUAAAGAUAUAAUAAACCAUUUAAAUUGAUGCAAACAUCACUGGCACACAAGAGCAGUAAAUCUUUUUUGCCUUUACCCUCACUCUGAAUAAAAUAUGAACUUGAUUUGAAAGAAAGGUUUGACUCCAAUAAAAGCCUGCUUCAUUUAAAGACCUGGUACCUGAGGCAGUAAAAAUCAAUGAAAGACCUGGCUUUAAUUAGAGGAUUAAUUAGAGAUGAUUGAUGAGAACCAGCAAAUCCAGCAAAUCUCAAAUUGAGAGUUCUGUAUGGGACUAUCAUUCACAGAAUAUCUCCCUGGGACAGAUCGAAUCACCAAACACAAGGGAGCCUCCUCUCUCGGUUUUCACCUCGUGAGAUGUGCCUUUAUUUUGCUGUCAUCCCCGAUGUAGGACUCAGAGUGACAGAUAUUAAUUCAGAGAGACACUCUCAGUGUGAAUCAUGGAAGUAGACUGCUUAAUGCUCACAGUAUGAAGACAAACCGGUUUACACACACCACUCUGUGUGUGUGUGUGUGAGUGUGUGUGUGUGAGGACAGGCUCAGGUCGAACAGUCGGGUGUUCUCUGAGUGAUUGACAGGUCAGGUGAUCCCAGCAGUGGGUGGGGCUCCACAUUCUGGCUGGUUGGUGUCAUGAGUGUGUUGCAGAGGCUGGCCGUGUGUGUUUCGGUUUCUCUCAGCGUGUUCCUCUGGGAGUUUCAGUGAUUUCUGGUAGAAGGGGGACAGACUUAACGUCAGUUUCUCUAGUUCGGCUCCUUCUGUGUUGCCCUGUGAGGGUUUGGGAUCGUUCCUCCGUCCUGUGGCUCAGGUAGCAGACAGGUAAGGAUCGGAGGGGAAGCAUUCCUGAAGGGUUACAUAUCUCCAAAAGUCUGAGACGUUUUACCUCCAGAGGACAGGUCCUGAAUUGUCUGAGAGGGAUCGAAGGUGAUUUUUUUAUUCUUUAUCAUUUCCAGGUAUGACUUGUCCUCACCUGUUGAUGCAGAACUGCAGCAGCAGCAGCAGCAGCUGGUUUACCCAGAGGACCGAGUGUUUCGGCACCAUGCUGACCUGGGUACCUACACCUUAACGCUCCAUCAGAGGGAGGAGGGAGCAGAGCCUGGGAGCAGGGAGCGCCUUCAGGAGGAGGUGGAGGAGCUGAGGAGGCUGAUUCAUCGUCGCAGGGAAAACAAGGUGAGUUGUCAGAGUUUUCUAAACUUCAUUCAUCUGCGAGGCGGCUCUGUUUCUCUUUCUGUUUCUGGGAUAAUAUCCUUUAUUUGGGAUUAGGGUCUAAAGCAGUCUCAGAGACCGUUUACUCAAAGUCUAGACAGAGAGAGUGAGUGAUAUCCAGGUGUUUUAUCUAAUCAGGACAGAGCAGACUGAUCAGCCCGACAUUAAGAUGCUGGACACAAUAAUUUACCUCCACAGUCCCGAGGCAGAUACUCAGAGACACACAAGACUGACUUUAUAAUGAUAAAACAGCAAACAGGACAGACAGCACACAGUACGAAACAGAAAGAUUAGAUCCACCUCAAACAGGGUCAGGUAUUACAGUGGGAUAUACACUUAGUUAUGGAGAUAUUUACCCCUAACCGCAGCCAGUGAGUCAAAAAGUUCAUUUUAGACCCUGAUCACAAAUAACAGAUCAGUGUAGAGUAAGCUGGUUAAAUGUAAGAUGACCCCAAAACUCAGACCUGAAUCCAAUGUCCUGGAAACUCUUCUGACAUCUCAGUGGUGGACAUGAUAGAGUUUUCUUCCUUAAAGAGAUGAAGUUUAAGCUGCUAUCUUUUGACUGUGACUGUGGUCUCAUUUUAGUGAGUUUAUGGUGAGUUAUUGUAAGUUUAUAUUGAAUUUAUAGUGAAUUAUAUUGAGUUUAUAGUGAGUUUGAGUGAGUUUUAGUGUGUUAUUGUGAGUUUCAAUGAGUUAUAGUGAGUUAUUAUAAGUUUAUAUUGAGUUUAUAGUGAUUUAUAUUGAGCUUAUAGUGAGUUUAUCAUGAGUUUUAGUGUGUUAUUGUGAGUUUUAAUGAGUUAUAGUGAGUAAUUGUGAGUUUAUAGUGAGUUUUCAGUCUGAGUGUUACACACAGCCCUCACAAAGUGUCACUCAACGUUCAUAGAGCUCUCUGCUGGUUGUGUAAACUGUGAUAAAUAUGACAAACAUCUUUUUCCUGUGUUUUGCAUUUGCUCUACAGAACAGUACAACACUCUCACUUUCACACCUGCUCUUUGUGGCACACCUGUGCAGGUGUUCUGAGUGCGGCAGUCUGAUUGACAGUUUUAUGAGUGCGUGUCUGUCCCUGGGGCACUGCGUGUGUUGAUAUUUUCUCAAUGUGAAUCUCUCUUCCUUCUUGCAGGAGAGCUCGGGUGCAGCCUCACCCUCCUCCCCCCCUGCCUGUGGGUUGCAGGCGUGCUUUAACGGUCAACAGGGGAGCAGGCAGGAUGCAGUAACCAUAGAAACCUGCACCACAACAACACAGGGUACUCCUCUAACAUUGGAGGAGGCGACAGAGAGGGAGGAGCCUGCUGCUGUCAGUCAGACAUCCUGUGGCGCUGGAAGUGCUCGUCAGAACCAGGAAGCUGAAGGAGAAGUGAAGGAAUCUCCAGCUGCCGGGCGCAGCAGAAAAAGCCGAAAGAAAGCUGCAAGAAGUAAAAAACUGAGUCCAGAGGACAGAAAUGGGACCGAGCAGAGAAUUGCAAAGACAUCAACGAGUGAUGAACCAGUUUCACCCACUGGAUCUACAGGGACGUCUGUGAUCAGUCAAAGUGGACUCAGUAAAACUGCAGAAAAGACUUCAUCACCCAGAGAGCCUGAGACCACGACCAUCACAGAAAAACAGGAAGCAGAGAAGAAGAGGGAAGUGGACCUGCUCGUGAGUAAGGGAGCUGCUGAGAGACAAUCAGAGACACAGACAGAAGAGAGACACGCCGAGGGACAGACAGAGACACAACCUGGACCCGUCACAGACCUGAGACCAGCUGCAGAGAGCACAGGUGAGGUUCGAUCAGGACCGGCGGGAUCUGUUAUGAUGCUGCUCUUCUGAAAAAGUUCUUUCUUUGUCAGUGUGUGUGACAAACUUUUGACACAGACGAUCUUUCUAGAAACCCUGACACUGGGCUUAGAGAUGAUGAUGUGGGUGGAUGAUCAGCUGUUUCACCUGAAGGGAAAACUGGAGCAGGAGAAAAGGUCGUAGAUUAAAACACAGUAUCAGGAAGAGUUAGAAAGAGUUCCCUCUGCUCCUGCUCUGUUCAUAAUGUCGACACAAAGUCACACGAAUAUUCAAAGUCAAGUAAGUCGUCUUCAGAGUCACUCUCACUUUUAUCAACAGAGAAGAAUCAGCUCCAUAAAAUCUCUGGGAAAGUAAACUGGUGUUAGACUGGACAGCAGACAUAAAAUCACGUUGUGAGUGGAAAAACAGCAGAGACAAAGAAACUCAAAUGUGAAGCAGCUUCGCCUGAGUGAAGAGCUGGAAACGAGUUCAAAUACACAUUUAUGAAAUGUUAGUAACUUUGUGAUUUGCACACUAUAAAAGUCUUAAGGAGUAAAAAAACUAAACCAGAUUUCAGUCAGAAAUCAGCAUUAAUCUGUGCCCAUGAAUAUCCAGCAGUCAUCCUAGAGCAAGGUAUGGAUGUGUGCUUCCUGUGGACCGCUGAGCAUGUCACAGAGAGAGGAUCGUCUCAGAAGUGUAGGCGUCAGUCGUUUUGGGUGAAGAGGGUUUAAAAGAAAAAAGUUUCAGAGCAGGUCUCUGUAACAGUCUGAGUCCCUGUGUGGACUUGUUGCUCCUUUUGUGUGCGGUGGGUCAGCAGAGUCAUAAACCACGGCUCAGGGAGUGACCCCUGACUCCUGUGGACAGAUUAGACCUCUACAUAAGAGCCCCCAGGUGCCAGGUGAAGAAAAAAAACAAUUAGCCGUGUGCAAAGGAUAGUGAGUAUAGAUUACACACACAUUAUAUCUGCACGGCUUCACACACGUGCAGUCAGAUGUGAACAGUCUGAAUUCAUAUUGAUGAGACUGCUGUCUCACAUUAAAGCAGUAUACUCUGCACACAUACACACACACACGAGACUCCAUGUCUUCUGUGUUAUUUUAAGUCAAAGUAAAUAGAAGCAGCUAAACUAAUCAGAGCAGGACCUUUCUUUGACUCCCUUCGACUGUGUGACCCAUAAACUGUAUAAAGACCGAUGAUGUUGUUCAGCUCUAGUUGUACUAAAAUCAAGGAAUCAGUUUUUUAACCACAUGUGAAUGUACUGAGGGAGUUCUUGGCCAGGGAAGCUGCAGGUUUGAUGGUCAUAGCUUUAGAUUCAUUCUCAGUGUCUGUGUGCUCUCAUCCUCAUGCUGCUUAAUUCUAUCCACAUACACACUGAGCUGGAUUGAGAGGAGAGUCUUCAGCCUUUAGGAGAUUGAUGAACUCUAUCGUCUCAGGUGAAAACAACACAAUGCAGUAUGUAACAGCAUAGAGGGCGAGCACAGACUGAUUUAACUUCUGAUUUAAGUAAUAUUCAUGUGAAAGACUCCAUGUGCGGAUCUGCUGUUUUUAGGUCAUCAGAGGUUAAACUGUUGUCUUAACCACUGAAGUGUUUGAGUAUGAGGAUGCUUUGAAGUACCCACAUCUCUCAGCUGUGGUUUUAGUUUAGUUUGCAGCUUUUUAAGGGUUGACUCUGCGGUAUCUUGUACCAUCUGUUGUGCUUAGUAAUAAUAAUAAAUAAUAAUAAAUUUUAUUUGAAGCGACUUUCACGUCACUCAAGGACACUUUACAGAACAUAUAAAACAAUAAUAACAAAACACUAUUAACAAUUAAAAUCAUCAUUAAUCAAACAGUUAAAAUCAACAAAGCAACAUAAACAACAGCAAAGGAAUAAAUAAAUAAAUAAAUGAUACCAAUUAAAAUUAAAUGAAAAGAGUGAGUUAGGGGUGGUGGGAUGGAUAGGCCAGUUUAAACAGGUGUGUCUUGAGUUUGGACUUGAAGAGGGGGAGGGAGUCUAUGUUGCGGAUGUGUGAUGGUAGAGAGUUCCAGAGUCGGGCUUUCAGUCGCUCUGCCCCCCAUGGUGCUGAGGUGAACAGGGGGCACAGUGAGGUGGAGAGAGGAAGAGGAUCGGAGGCGGCGUGAUGGAGUGGCGAUGUGGAGGAGGUCAGACAGGUAAGGAGGGGCGAGGUUGUGGAUGGCUUUAAAGGUAUACAGGAGGAUUUUGAACUGGAUUCUUAGUGGGACCGGGAGCCAGUGGAGCUGCUGCAGGAUGGGGGUGACGUGUCACUGUGUUUAAAUUAAGUCAGCCUAAAGUUGUGUCACAGUUUGCACAGUUGUUUAGUCGUGUUUGUUAUUAACAGAUAGUUGAUUUAUUGAAGUUUAUUUUGUGACUCUAACCUCCGUUCUGUCUCCCUCAGUUACCAUGGGUCAGGAACAGUCUCAGGACCCCCAGGCGACCCCAUCAAACCCAGAGGGGUCACCCUCGACUGAAACCAUGAAGCCAAGUCCUCAGUCUGACUCCAGGACCAGCCCCAAGUCUCCUGAUUCUGAGAGGAAACCACGCAGAGUGCUGUGGAGGGACGGAGGCUGGAUCGGGAGCAGAAUGGGUUCACCUCUGAACGCCCAAGAAGAAGAAACAAAGUCGGUGUGGUAUCAGGGCGAGGAUCUGGAGCAGGGAGUUGGCGACAGCAGUGAGAGCAAAGACCUAAACUCUCAGACAGUUUGGUACGACUGUGACUCCAAUGAUCAGAGGGAAGAGGAACAGCUGGAGCAGAGAGGAGCGAAAGAGAAAAAAGAAGGAGAUCUGAGCUCAGCACAGCUGUUAGAGCAGGAUCACUCCUCUCAUCCGCCGUCUGCAGGUCUUACUCAGCCACAUGCUGCUGGCUCAAGGCCAGCUCCGUCACAUGGGCAGGCUGCACAAAGACGGGAAGUACACGCAUCACAGAGAGAGGAGGAAGUAGAGCAGGAGAGCAAGGAGGAGGGCAGGAGCAGAAAGAGCUCCGAGACGGCGGCAGACAACGAGGAGACAGAGGCAAAGAACAGAAAGAAGAAGAAGAAGAAGAGAGGGAAGAAAGGGAGUACAGAGGCCAAACUCAGCUCCAGCUCCAGCAUCGAGUCCCAGAGUCAGACCGAGAUCCAGACAGAAGCAGAGACUAGCCUGAACCCAAAGGAUAAGGACCAGACAGGAAGGGCAGACACCCAGAGAGAGCCAACACAGAGAGAGGAAGCGGAGCAGGACGCCAUGACUCUGCCCAGCCAGACCCGGACCCAGACCCAAAGCCGGACCACGGACUCCAACAGACCUGAAUGUGACUUCCCUAACUCUGAUCCUGGUUUUACUCCUCCAGAGAUCAGUCUGACAGACAACAGGAGGACAGAUAUGUCUGUGGAGACAGGUCUAUCUGAAGGGACAGGUCUGCCUGCUGGUUCAUCUCCAGUGAUGGCAGAGACAAAGGAGGAGCGGGCAGACUGUCAUGGACCUGAUACCUUAACCUCUGACUCCUGUGAUGCUGUGGAAAAAACACCUUUAGAGGGAAUUGAACGAGUGCACCCUGCAGCAGAGGAGGUGUGUGACUGUACAGAGCUGAAGUUAAAGGACAAAGCAGAAGCAGAGGACGGAGCAGAGGUCAAAGCUUCUUCAGAGAGCGAGGAUCCGUCAGUCAGCGGUGAGCAGACAGCUUUGUUGGAAUGUAUCCGUCCUGGAUCCACAGAGGACUCGUUUCAUGAGGAAUUUCCUGAACAAAAAACACAUCUUACUGUGUCUGUGGACUCAAACAAACCGGGACAAUCUGUGGAUCCCGGGGGGAGUCCUGCAGGAUUUAUGGGACUGGAGAGUCCUGCAAAGGCAGGGGGUCUGCCAUGUUGUGGUACAGCGGAUGUGUUGCCAACUCUUAGGAGGGAAGGAAGGGCCGAGACAGCUGGGAGGGAAUAUUUAGAGCAUUGUUUGGCCUCUGAGAUGAUGAGCGAUCAGCUCCAGGAGGAGGAAGGGAAGACUGAGCUGCGUGAAGGCGAUGAGGAAGAGGGAAAGGAGAGGAGGGAGGAGGGGAAAGAGAAUGGGAUGGUGCAUGAAGAGAAAGAGUCUUUGCAGCAGAAGUUCAGUAAAGAGCUCGCAGCAGCAGCUGUGGCUGUCGUAACAGUGGCUGUAGCAUCAGCUAUAGCUAGCAUAGAGCUGAGCCAACAGUCAGAGAAAGAACAGUCUGCAAGAAGAGAAAUAUCAGCACAGGAUGCUGGUGAUACUUUAAAGCAGCCACAGGAGUAUUUACUCAGCACAGAUCAGAGACCACAGCUGCCUGCACAGCUGAGCAGCUCGGAGCAGGGUCAGGUGUUCACAGAAGCUAGAGCUGAGGUAGGAAACCAGCAAGAAAAGCAGACAGAGCAGAUACUUUCAGAGCAGACAGAGCAGACACAAACAGAGCAGAAAGAGAAGUCAGACACAGAGCAGAAGGAGCAGACAGAGCAGAUGAAGCAGACACAUACAGAGCAGAUGGAGAAGACACAACAGACAUGCAUGGAGCAGAUGAAGCAGACAGAGCAGACACAAACAGAGCUGAUGGAGCAGACAGAGCAGACACACACAGAGCAGACAGAGAAGACACAAACAGAGCAGAUGGAGAAGACAGAGCAGACACAUCAGACAUGCCCGGAGCAGAUGAAGCAGACAGAGUGGACACAAACAGAGCAGACAAGAACAGAGCAGAUGAAGCAGACAGAGCAGACACAUACAGAGCAGACGGAGCAGACAUGCAUCGAGCAGACACACACAGAGCAGUCAGAGAAGAAAGACACAACAGAGCAGAAAGAGCAGACACAACAGACACAUACAGAGCAAAAAGAGCAGACACAGCAGACACACACAGAGCAGACACAGGGGACUGAGCAGACACAGCACCAAGCUGAGACUCAAAUAUUAGAGAAAUUGUCCUGUGACUCAGAGGCAGAAGAGCAGAGAGCAGUCCAGACAGAACCUUUGAGAGAAGACAGACCCACACAAGGGACAGAUGGCAGACCUGUAGCAGCAGUUAGCACACUACCAGCUGAUCAGAAACCUCUAUCCGAGUCUGAGGAUGAGGCAAAGACAGACCUGCAGCUGCAGAUAGCGAGCCCACCCCCUUCCCCUGUCUCAGACACAGGACAACCAGAGGACUCACACCUAUCCUGUCUUGAUUCUGGGGACAGCAGAGACCUCAGAAGUCAGCCAGUCCAUCAAAGAGAGGGGGAGAAACAGGCAGAGAGUGAGCCCACUCAGACGGAUGAUAGACAUGGGGUUAUUCCUGCAGGAGAGCAGGUGUGUGAGCAGGAAGGAGACAGGGGGGCAAACAUGUCCUCAGACAUGUCAUGGGGGAAGGAUAGUAAACAUCAGCUGGAUGCACAGGUUCAGACUGCAGGUGAAGUAGGGAGUCCUUCUGACAGUCAGACUAAUCCUGAUGCUGAUCCCAGACCAGAGGAACCACCUCCAGCCUCUAUGGACCAACACCAAGGUAGACAUGAGGGUGAACGUCAGGCCUCCCAGCAGCUCACAGACAUAAGACCUGUCCCUCUGGAUGUGGACAGGAGAGCUGUGGAGGCUGUCUCUGUGGAUGGGGAGGUGUUUGUUGACCUUAAUGUGGACCAUGUGGACUCUGUGGACACGGUGGAUGGAUGGAAGCAGAAAGAGAGGACAAAGAUGGAGAGAGAGGAGGAGAUGAGGAAAGAGAAAGAAGCAGCGGAGGACCCCACAAAGACAGGUAACUAACCGCUCUCCUUUCACACCUGCACUGCACACCUGUAAAUAUGCAGGUGUUAAAGCAAAUGUGUAAAUCCAUUUAAAUGGAGCGAGCUAAAGGAAAAAGUCAGAGUAGAGUCAGAGUGAGAUGACAACACUAGAACCACUAUGAAGUUUGAUAGCAUGCCAUCACUUCAGUCUGUUUUUGACUGCUUAACUUUAAUGCUCAUGCAGCAUAUGUGAGAGAGAGAGAAGAAGAAGAAGAACUUUAUCGAUCCCUAAAGGGAAAUUCAACAGCCUUCACCCUGUGAUGAAGGAUGGUUUAUCAUUAUUUAAUGCUCUGCAGAGUCUGAUGAAGGUGCACAGAGCUCUGUAAUAAUUUUCAUCUCAAGCUGCAAAGUCAGUGGUCAGAAGGGGUCCGUUAGUUGUUGCAAAGUUCGAACACUCAUACUUACAGCUGUCUUCAGGUGAGCUGGUUCCUGUAAAGCUAAUGUUGAUGCAGAUAUGAACAAUAACCAAGUGUGAACACAGCAGGUUUCAGUUCACAAAGUGGGGUCUGAACACCUGUCAAGUAAGGGUCUCAGGAUGGAAACUGUAGAAAUCUAAAAAGAUCACCUCAUCUGUUAUUGUCAAGUUUUUAUGAGAAUAGUUAGUUUUAGGUAAGUCAGGGGGACCUCCUGGAGUCUUACAUAAGGUGAGACUUUUAUCUGGUCUCUUAUUUAAAGAACUGUUCCCUGCUGUUUACCUUGCCACCAGUCAAUUGUAUUGACUCUAAAUGUUGAUUUAAAGAGGAUUUUAUUGAUUUGAAAUAAUAUGCACUGAUAAACGGGCUUCCCUUUGUUUGGACAGUUGGUAGCAUUACCAUGGUUACUGGUUCUAAUCCUCCGUACUGUGUGAACAGACAUCAAAGUGAACAUUUCAGAUAACAGUCGACUUAAAUCCCGAGAAUAAAUCAGAAUCAAGUAUUUAACACACCUGGGUGUUUGGUAGUUGUUAGCUCAGGAAAAACCUGGAAAAGCUCAGAUGAAUCCUCUGUCACCUCUGGUCCUCAGCUCAGCCUCUUCUCCAGGAUCUCAGGCUCAGACUGGUUCAGGUGGGACAGGUAUUGAACAUAAAGAGAGGUCAUCAAUAACCCUGAAGAAUCAUCUUUAAAUCACACUAUGCGCAAGUGAAGGAGACUAACACAGGUGUAAGGUGGUCUCUGACUCCUCCUGGUCCUGGUUUAAGGCAGCUGCUAAAGAUAUUGAUCCUGUACAGCCAACUUUAGAGAAAUCACUGAGCGUCUUCAGCAGCGUUCAGUCAUUUCAUCUGUGUGUGCGUGUGUUUUAGUACAUGCAGAGGGGUGUAUUCAUGAAGAGCUGCGCUAGGGUCCUGUUUUAGUCCAGACCUCCACAGCAGCUCAAAAAACACUCUUUUCAACACUCUGUUGCUGCUGCUUUUGAUCUAUAUCGAGAUAAAAUAAAAACCCGUCUGAGAGAGGAGGGAUCUAGAAGAUAGACCUCUAUGUUUUUGAGACCUAGACCUGGACAGUGUGAAGUAGUUUUUCAAAGAUUAAAACACCUUUUAUUUAUGUUGUGUGUUAAUGAUGCUGGUGUCACUGUAGACCUGUUAUUACAGCUGAAAUGAAGUCUAAGGUCUGUUUCUGUGGAAACAUGAUUUCUGCAGUAAUAACUAAAUUAAGUAUUAACACCUUUAACACCUCGCUGUUUCACACCUACAAAUAAUUUUGGACUGAGACACCGACUAAACUGAGAGACAGGAAGACAGGAACUCAGGCUGUGUGUGUGUGUGUGUGUGUGUGUAAGAGACAGUUGUUCAUCCGGCUCCUUUGUUUGUAUGGGGCACUGUAUCUAGGCAACCUGAUGAUGUCAUCAAGACUUAACAUUGGACAGUGAAACUAGAGGGUAGAUGAGAAAUAGGUGUGUGUGUGUGUGUGUGUGUGUGUGUGUGUCUGUGUCUGUGUCUGUGUCUGUGUCUGUGUGUGCGCACGUGUGUGUGCACGUGCGUGUGUGUGUGGUUUAAAGGGGAACUCUGCUCUGAUUGCAGAGUUUUGCGUAGACGCUUCGCACCAGAAUACCAGGAAAUGUCAGCGCGAGCCUCAGUCUGUGUAUAAAUAUCCUAUUGUUAAAUAUUUUUAAAAGUGAAGUCAGGGUCCUGCCAGAGAAAUGACCCUCUGCUCUGUGAGGCAGAGACAUGUUCAGUGUAUUCCGCCAAUGUGUUCAGCCCCCUCCCAACACAAACCCGUGAUUACCUGAUUGAUAAGAAGUAAAAGUUUCCUCAGGUGGGUCCAAGGCAGAAUAGAUUCUGGUUUGAUGCAGAACCUCAUAUUCAUGAGCCUCAUUGGUCAUCGGAGCUGUCAAUCAUGGUGUUGUACCCCCUGUCACCCCCAGCAUUUUACCUGCAGAAUGUGAUUUGUCAUUGUCUUGCCGAAAUAUGAAGGUCUUCCCUGAAAAAGUCUUUGUCUGGAUGUCAGCAGAUGUUGCUCCUAAACCUGUAGAUAUUGUUCAGCAUUAAUGGAGCCUUCACAGAUGUGGAAGAUACCCAUGACAUGGACUCUGAUGAUGCAGGAUUUGGAUUGGAAGCUGAGAACAUGCUUGGUGGUCCCUCUGCUCUUAAGAGACCAGAAUGCAGAGGGAUAGAAAUCCAUGAUUUCCAAAGAUAGUGUCAGAUUUUGAUUUAUCAGCCCACAGCACGGUUUUCCUCUUCCCCUCAGUCCAUCUUAAACAGACUCAGGUCCAGAGAAGUCUCUGGUGUUUCUGGAUCCUGUUUCUAUUUGGUUUCCUCUUUCCUCUUUUGUAUUUGUGGAUGCAGUGAUGAACUGUUUUCACAGACAAUAGUUUUUUGAAGUGAUUCUGACCUCAGGCAGUGAUCUAGAGUCCUGUCUGUUUUUAACGCAGUGCUGCUGGGCCUGAAGAUCAGGAUCAUCAAGUCUUGGGUUUGGUCCUUGUCCCUUUAGUCCAGAGAUUUUUCCAGAUCUUCUGAAUCUUUGAAUGAUAUUAUGUUCUGUAGAUGACAAAAUCUAAUCAUUCUUUCACAUUUGACACUCAGGAACAUUAGCCUGACACUGUUGAACUAUUAGCUCACUCAGUCUCUCACGGAGUGUUAAACCUCUUACCGUCUUUCCUUCUGAGAGACUCAGACUCUCUGAAUGUCCCUUUUAUACCCAGUCAUGGUACUAACCUGAUGGGAGUUCACCUUAUUCGUUGAGCUGUUUUUUUUUUAGCAUUACACAACUUUUUACCUGUUUGGUUGUUCCUCUUCCAUAACUUUUUGCAAACAUGUCUCAUCAGAUAAAAUCAAACUUUAAGUAUCAAUGAUAGACCCUGUUCUGAUACUGAACAUUGUGAUACUGAACUUCCCAUCAUGUCACCUGUAUGACAUGAACACAGCCUCACUGCUCUCUGUGAUGAACAGUGUCCAUGUGAUCAUUCAGCCUCAGCAGGAUGGUCAUCUAAACAGACCAGUUCUGGACUGAAGUCAGGGGUGUUGGAUCCCCAUCACAGCAGUGUGUGUUGACAACAGUCAGUCUUUAUAAUAGGGUUCAUAACACCUGUAUCAAAGUAGCUUUACCCCCCCGACACCUUGCCCCUCAUCGCUCUUGAAUUCAUGUUACAUAUCUGCCAUGUGAAUCACUGCAUCCAUGUGCAUCCUGCACAUGUAGGAUCACUUCUUUACUGUCUCCAGCCUGUCAUUUCGCUCACACACCCCCGGUAAACCAAAUUUCAUUAGGACAGACUUGCAAAUUGAGUGUAGUGUUAGUUCAGGCAGGUCAUGAAAGUCAAGUUCAGCCCAAAGUACAUCCAUUUAAUUCAGCAACAGCCUACAUCAGCUGACAGCUCAGCUGGUUAACCCAUGUCAGCCUGCCGACUCUUCCUGCGUCCCUCUGUGAACCUCACUGCAACCCUCCUCCAUCCCUGCUCCUUCUUCUUAUGCUGUCUGAUUUUACCCAGACCUUUGCUGAUGCUCUCCCAGUCUCCAUCCCUGCUCCUUCUUCUUUAUGCUUUGUCUGAUUGAUUUUUUAUGAAAGUGCUCCUAACUAAAAAAGAGUUUUGUUUUCUCAUUUUGCUUUCCACUUCUGCUUGCAAUGAAAUAUGAUACAUGAAUUGCAUUGUUACAGUGGCGUGUGCAUGAAAACACAGGUGUUCUGUUAAAGGUGUAAGCUUCCUCGGUACAUGAGAGAGCCUUUUAUUUUAGUCUACAAGAUGAUCCUGUUUGGAUGAAAUGAUACGGCACAGAUUCAGAGAAAUGAAAGAGAAUGACUUGGUUUUAUCUGUCCUUUUUUGGACUUUUCUUUGAUAGGACAGCUGAAGAGAGACAGGGAAUGGGGAGAGGAGAGGGGGGGGCAGAGCUGAGGGUCAACAACAUAGAGACCACUGUAAUGGGGACUGAAGCCUCUGUGCAUGGGCUGCAUUAUUUAACCUUUAGUUAUCCAGAUUAUAUGAUCCUAUGAACACAUGCGAUCAGAGGGGUCCAUGUAUGAUCCCAUCACCCAGGACAGGAGAAAAUACCAGGUGUGGAUCCCUCCUGAAGGAACCUGAGAGAAACCUAAACUCUAAAUAAAAACAAAGAGCAGCUCAAUAAAGUCCACUUCCUAUCCGAGUAAAAUGAGGAGGAUUCACAUCCAGUCACAGGGUGCAGCUCCUCGUGGAUUUAUUUUUCCAGCACUUUCCAGGCUGCAGGGCUGGGUCAGGGAGCAGCUUUCCAUUUCACCCUCUCAUUAUCUAAACCAGAGACUCUACUGACUCAUCUCAUCCUGCACACUCACACUCAUCCUUUCAGACGGAUCUGAAGAGGUGAAUAAGUUUAAAUCUGAACAUCUAAUUUCUCUAACUGCGUCAGUGAAACACCCGCACGAACUGUGGAGCAUGAAUACAUGAUUAUAGGUCUGAUCCAUAAACCUGCAGCACCUGGGAAAUGUGACUGAACACCUUUAAACCUUUGUGUAAACCAGAUCAACUCUGUGCAGUUUGCUCAUAUCUGCAGGUUUUUCCUCUAAAUGCCACAAUCAGAGGGUAAAUUCAAAGCUGGAUGUCAGGAAUCAGGACAGGCAUCAAUCUGUUUCCAGCAUGUGGUUCAUCUGCCUCACCAGGGCUGGACCAAACUGGGAAAACUGACGAUGCUAAAUCUCCUCUUUCUGCUAAUGAAUAACUUGAUUUGAUGUUUGUGAAUAUGGCUCAGAUCCCUUUGGUACGUUUGUUGAUGUAAACCUGUGAUCAAAUCCAAACCUUUUUACCACUUUGAUGCGACCCUGAGUUAGUCCUAAGACAACUUUAUCAUGAGAGAGAGAGAGAGACUCGUUUCUUCAUGCAAACAAACCCAUGGCUAAGUUUUAUGUUAGUAUAACACCAACCAUUCCCAACCAUGUUCAAAGUUUUGUUUCAUCUGCGUGUUUCGCCACAUAUCAUCUGAAAUACACUGGCGACAUAUCCUCCUCCAUUGCUGGUCUGUUCUGUCACAGUGUAAGCCUGCACCAGGACACAGGGGGUGCUGCAGAUAACAGGGACACCCUCUCUUUAAAUCCAUCACCUGAUAUAGUGCCAUGUCUCUGCAUUCAAAAUACAUGGUUAUAAUGGGAGUCAAUGGGGCAAAAACAGCCACUAAUACCAUAAAAGGAAGUUGUUUUUUUUUAAUCUGUUGCUGCACAAAAACUGAAUAUGCAUCAAACCUAUUUUGUUACUAAUCUUUGACAUAUCCAAGACUGUGAUAGCAGGUAAAAAAUUCUCCUUGUCCAAUCACUUUUUAUAUUGAAAAAAGCUCAUUUUGUGUGUAUUCUUCCCCAUAUCAGUGACUUUAAAAAAAUGGCAUUCAAAUGUUAAAGAUUUUAAAAAAAUUUUUUACUAGUUUUGAUCAAGACUGAAGUUGAUGAACAGAGUUAUGCAAAAAAAAUAAAAAAAAUAGCCACUAAUAUCCCUAAAGGGUAGUAAAUUUGCCGACAUGCCAUUUGCUGCAAUACAAUGAAAGUUAUGGUCAAAUUAAGAGGAUAAAGUGACCCUUAGUGGAUGUUUUUGUCACCAGUACUGCAUUAGGGUUAAAACAGCAGCAUUACGUGUUUUAGAUCAUUUAAAUGUCCAGUGACAUGAACACUGCAGAUACACACAUUACGACUGCGAUGGUUAAAAUGAUGUAAUGUGCAGCUCUGCUUCUCAGCAUGUGCAGGUGUAAAUCUGCUUCAGUCUGUCAGGAGAGGAAAACAAAGUUAUCAGCUUAUAAAUCUGCUUUGUUUGCAGCCAUGCAUCCUCCCUGAUUUAAUGAGUCACUCUAUUCAGUCAGGAAUGAUGCCACAGUAACUUAAUGAUGUCCCGCUGUGGUCUGUCCUCUACAGGUGCUGAAAGCAGAGAGCAGAGCAGACAGGAGGACAGCACACACACUCUGCAGGUGAGUUUACCUAAACACAUGACUCCCUUUACCUCAUUAGGCUGUGAGCAUCAACCAUCCUCUCCAUGAUCAUCAUCAGCUGUUCUUCUCAGACUCACACAUGAUGCUCUCAUUACUCUGAGACUGUUUCUGUAAACUCUUCACUGCACCUGAAUCCAGACUCUGAAGGGGAGGGACUUUUGAGUGUUCGCCAACCAGUUUUUUUUUCAAGCUUUAUUUAAAACCACCUCACUGAACAAGAAGAAACAGUUCAUCAAACACAGAAAUAGUUUUCUCUGCAAAAACAUUUUUCUACCGUAUUUUGGUUUUGUGAAUAUUUCUGCUCCUUUGUGAAAACAUUUUUUUAACCUUUGGGUUUGAGCAGAAACAGGUGAGGAUCAGUUUACAAAAUCCUGCGUCCCCACCUGUCUGCAGUGUCUCUGUAUCAGAGCUGAAGGAUGAACCUUCAACCUUAAACUGAAAACUUAAUCUGUGGGCUCUUCUUCUCUAUGAGGCAGUAGCUGCAUCUUAAGGUACCAGUCUGAGUCCUGACUCUCUGCCAGCUCUAAACAGUAUCAGAUUCAGGUGGACCAAAUCCACAGCGCUCUGCACAGCAUGUGAGCACACACACAAGACUGGGUCAGAGUGGGUCGAAGUGGGUCAGAGUGGGUCAGGGUCACUUCAGAGGCCUCAUAAAUCCGGUCCCAGAGUUCAGUGGUGAGGCAGAGGUGGGUCUGAUGGAGUUGCAGGUCACAGGAGGAGACAUGGGAAUGUUCAGACCUGAAGCAAGAUCUCAGCUGAGCUUGUUUUGAUUCAGUUCCGUGAUGUCAGAGCCAUGAAUACACAGGAAGUGCUGUCAGAGCAACACGCCCUCACACCCCCACAUCUUUUCAGCGGUCCUGUUCAACAGAGACCUCAGUCUGGAAACUCUGAAGGGUAAAGUCACUCUGACAGGAAACAGAGAUUCAGCGUUCAUGAGUCUGACGCCCCAGAGCUUCUAAACAUCCAGACCCAAAUUUAAGAACCAGCACCUCCUCCUAAAACCUCAGAAAUACUCAGAGUCUCUGUGUGAGAGUCAUCAGGAUCAUUGAAACUUUCUGAAAGGCUGUAAAGGUUCUAGUUUCUCCUCUAAUCUGACCAGUGAGUCCACAUUAGAGGAACAGGACCUGUUGUUAUUUGUACAAAGACCCUCAGCUCUGAUAUUGUCUGUCCUCUGCUGCCCCCUGCUGCUCACUGCAGGUAUAACUUCCUCCAGAUGUUUUCUGCACGUCACAGCUGGAUGGUGUGCAGCUAUCGUUGCCAUAGUUACUGCAGUGUUUGUGAGCUGCUUAUUUGGUACAGAUGAAGCUUAUUGUUUCCAUGUAUAGGUUGUAUAUUGACCGCAGUUAUUUAAGGACACAGAUUUUCAAAGGCUCAGCCAAGAACAACAAAUAGGAAAACAAGAUCAGGAUUCACCGCUAACAAGGAUGGAGACGAGAAUGUGACUCUGGAAGGAAAUAAGACUAACUCAGACUAACUCUAAGGGCAUCAGAUCUGCAGCAGCAGCCCCAUCAGAGUAAAAUAGUGAGACAGUAGUUUAAUCCACUUUACUGGACUCAUCAUUUCCUCUUUAAUAACUUUUUGACUACCUUUACUCGGGUACAUUUUCCUUAAAAUAUUUGUUACUCAUUAAUAAGUAAACUGGCUGAAAUUUGGUUUCCUAUCCGUGAUCCUUAGUGACUGAAAUAUGGACAUAAUGAACCGAAACUAAGAGGCUGAAAACUGCAGAAGGGAGAAAUAAAACAUCAUGGAUAUUGAUAAGCACAAAAACUUUGUCAACAAAGAACAAGAGACUGAAAAAGAAGUAGAAGAAAAAGGAAACCUCCUCAUACUCUCCCCCUCCCCUGUCUCUCUUUCACCUGCUUCCACUCACUGACCACAAGACCCCAACACAAGCUAACACAGAGGUGAGAGUCACCAAGAUAGUGUAGUAACGAAAAAAUCACCUCAGUCUCUUCAGGUUGUUCUAAAGGACAACAUUAGCAUUAAGGACAGGAAGUUACAUCCUGAGGUCCCUUCUCAAAAAUGACAACCAAUAAGAUGCUGAAAACCUCUAUUCAAUGCCAUCGUUCAGCUAUUGUUUGAUUAGGGUGACAAUGUUUGAGAACACAGCAGGCUGGAUUAUACAGAUGGACAACAGAUGAUAGAGAGAGAAAUAGAGACAGAGAGAGAGUGAGGUAAACAGAGCAGACGGUUCACUUAUUGUAGUAUUAUCAUUGUUAUAUUACAUUACCACUAUCUGAAAUUAUUUGAUAGUAAGGAAGCCAUCAUUACUUAAAAAAAUCACUUGUAGGAAAACAUAGAUGCACUGACUUUAUUUUCAAACUCUAAUCACUUAUUUUAAGUUUAAUUGUAGAAGCAAAUAUCAGCAUUUUAGAUGAAUUUUUCAGGCAUUACUUUAAUGACAAAGAUGUGUAAUUUGAAUGGGAAUGAUAAGUAGCCCUAAAAUUACAGUAUUAUUAUUCAUGAUGUGCCUGAAGCCUCCAAAUAACUGAACCUGGUGUUUGUAGCUUGAAAUAAAUGUUCAUAUCCUGCUCCCUCUUUCUUACUCACAUCAUGUACUUUAACUUUUAGAGUCGAUGUUUACCUUUGUUCUCUUUACAGUUAUGUGAAACCUUAUUGUGAUCAGUGUGUUUUAAUCACCUAUUACCUGGCAUCCUCACAUUUUUGGAACUGAGGCUGUAAAUUAAAGCUCCAGUGAGAAAGUUUAAGUUUGAGAUUUUGGUUCCUGCAUGACAUCCUGUUUAUUUUUGAUGCUCCUGCUCUGUUUUAGUGGUGUGAUUUUAACCAGAAAGUCUACUCCUGCCUUUUAAAUAUUGGAGGUUAUCCUGAAUCCCUGAUGGAGGAAAUUCUCAGUGAAUGGCUGAAUUGGGCUCUCACCCUACAGCAGUGGUUUCAUGCAUUUAUACAUUUAGUGCAGAAAUAAGUCAUCUUCAUGCUGGUGGUUAGGUUUACAGAGGCUUGAGCUUUAAACUCCAGACAGGCUCAUUGUUGUUUAUGAAGUAGGUGCAGCAGGUGAGAAAUGACUGAUUCAGGGUCAGACGGACUUUCUGACUAACUCCCCUGCUCUGAUUGGUCGACAGAGGAGGAAUCAGGGUGAAGCAGCACAUGUUGAACAGCAGGUUUGAUUUUGCACAGAGGUGUAACAGUUCAGUGUUCGAGAUGACGUCCAGACCUCCACGCAUAAACAACUUCUGUCUUCACACAUAAACAGCAGAGCAUACGUGUGUGUGUGUGCGUGUGUGUGUGUGUGUGUGUGUGUGUUUGCAGUUUUGAGUUGCUGCUGUGCUGACUGAGAGGGAGCUGUUCGCGGAGGGUUAGUUUCUCUCUCAGGGACAGAUGUGAAGGGUGGGGUGAGAGAGAGUGAGGGAGGAAUGGAUGCCCUAAGGGAAAAAAGAGAGAGAGAGAGAGAGAGAGAGAGAGAGAGAGGGAGUGGGCUGGAGAGCUGGAGGGAGGGGCUGCAGCUCUGAACAGAUGUGGGCAGAUCGGCUCAUUUUCCAGCCGAGAAGGAGCAGCAGAGACGUGGACUGGGGGGGACUGAACUGCGACUGUGGACAUACAGGAACAUUUUUUUCUUCGGGGUUCAGGCUCCUCCUCUCAGCUCCGAGGAUCUGUGAAGACAGGCUCAGACUCAGCCUGUGUGCUGGUUCAGCUCAUGUCUUUGGAGUCUGCAUAUGAUUAUCCAGACAGAGAGGUUCAGUUUGAGAUGAUCUGCUGUGUUUUGUAGCGCGGUGAACUUCUGCUUGGAUGAGUUUUUCCUCUCAGAGCUCCACCCUGAGCUGAGAUUUGUUUUUGUUACGGGGUAGAGAGAGAAGUGAUGGUCCGUUCUCAGCCUGUGUGUUAGUGUGAGGACGCGUCUGCUGCUGCCAGCAUGUAUGAGAGACACAAGAGGAGGUACAGCUUCUGUGCUAAAGGAGAGACAACUGUGGAUGUGGUGCUGAUCAAGGUACAACCCUGUGUGUAUGUGUGUGCAUGUGUGCGUGAGUGUUUGUGACUGUAAUACUGCUGAUCCUGAUAAGCUGUAGAAAGCAUCAGAGUUUGGAUUUCUGAUAUUUCUCUCUGCAGCUGCUCCGGUCAGAACUUUCUUCUCUUCAUGUUGUUUUUUUCUUUAAAACUUUAUUCCUUCUCUCCAGCUCUCAGCUGGGUGUGCCGUCUGUAGUUUUCAGGAGACGCUUCUCAGUCUGUCAGUAAAUUUAAACCUCCCAAACUCUCCCUUACAGUCUCAUAAACCAAAUCUGUGCUUUCUGUGUUUAAUCUGUGCAGUAAUGCAUCAAGGCUUGUGUUACCUCCAUGUUGCAUGUGACAUGUAGCUGAGUUUUAGAACUACAGCUCCCAGCAUGCUCUCGGCAAGCAAACACAAAUGUUGAAGUUGCUAUGGAGACAGUGGGUGUUGUCUUUUUGGCUAAUGUGGCUCCACGCUUUCCUCAGAGAGAGACACGUGAGAUGUCUGAGACACAGAAAGAGACUCAUCAGUGUCUGAGAAGUGUUUGAACAAACACGCCUGAGGAUGCUGCCGAACAUCCCACAGGUAGAUGAAAGUAUGGUUAUUAGAGAGGAGGAGUUAGAACAAGAUUUAAUGCAUGCACUCCUGCACAUCUCACGUGCACCUAGAAAUGUGAUUAAUCAUAUAUUGACGAUUGUGUUAGUUCAGGCAGGCCACAAAGUCUCCCUGCCUUGGUUUAUAAUGUAUGUUCAGAGUAUUUUCUGCAGGUUGGUUGGAUAUGGCGCAUGGUCUGUGUGUUUCAGACGUUGCUCUUGCUCUGCAGCUUUAAUAAGUGGUGUGAAGGGGUUUAAACCAAUCAGAAUCAGUAUCUCACACACAGGUGAGUGAUUAGAAAGAAAGCCGGGUGAUUACAGAAGCUGUGAGAGAUUGUUCAUUUUACUGAGUCUGACAGCAGAUAGUGAUCCUAUUCCUAUCUGGUCACAUCAUAUUUGUAGUCCGAGCACUGUCAGCCAUUUUUCUGAUUCCCUUCUGCUCUCUGUGACCUUAAACUCCGCUGUCUCUGUGACCCUGAAAUUCCUCCUAAAAGCCUAAAUCCAGUUGUGCAUCAAUAUUUUUGCUCUUGGAUUUUUUCAUUUUGAAUGUAAAGCUGAGUUUGUAUUUAAGGAGAACUUUCUGUCCUUUUUGCUGGGUAAACUCUGCAGUCUGUGGAUGUCCUGAAGAAACAGACUCCUGAUCUAAAACAGCUGACGUCUCCUCUGUCAUUAAAAAUCUCUUAUUCUGACAUGAGGUGAACUUUCAGGAAGUCAGUCAGAGAUGCAGUCCCUGUAGAUGCAGCAGGCUGUAGUUCCUGGUGAGUGCUAUCAUGUGAUCUCUUUGUGAACUCCUCUCCAAAAUAUUCAUCUGCUGCGACAACAGGUUUGAGUUUUCAGACUAAGAGAGACAGACCAGGAUCCCACCAUCUCCUCCACACUGAUAGACCUGCUGUAACCUUGCCUCUGUCUGUGGACUUACUCACAGUAAUUAUGUCUCUGUAAUAAGAGAGUCAGCUGACAUCAUCCUGCAGUGGGUAGGUCUCUGUCUGUAACUGUAUGUGUCUGUAGUUCUGACCUCUGACCUCCAUUAUGAGUCUGUUAUGACAGAAAUCUAACCAUCUGAUCCAGUGACCAGCCUGAGCUGUGGGUCAGAUGGUCAGUUCAAUGUGAUCAGAUUCAAUAUUUUAGGUGUUUGGUGUCAGUUUCCAUUGAUAUGAUGGUAACAGUUCGAGCUGCUCUGCCUGAAAGUCUUCAUCAGUCUUUGUGUGAAAAGGCUGAUACCCGAUAAAACCAAGUGAUGUCUCUGUAAGCUCCUAACAGAGCUUCAAAACAUUUAACAAGGACUCAGCAGAGGAGAGAUAUUUAAGAACGAUCUCAGCUGGACUGAGCUAGAAAGAGGCGUGCUCAACCCUAAUUUUAGGCAUGACCGUUUCAAUCAAAGGCUGUGAUUGACUGAUAAAUUCCCUCUAAUUUAUUUAUAGAAUAUCUACACAUACAUACACACACAUAUAGUGAAAGCAGUAAUUCCCACACACAGGUCGGCCUCACCUGUGCAGGUGGACCAUUAAAACCUUUUUGAACUGCAAAGAUUGAUCAGCUGUAUGAUCUUCCUUCUAUCUGCGGCUCUCUGACCUUGAUGACAGACACUGAUGUCAGUGUUUCUGCAGUCUGACGUCUCCUGCUCAUUGUGAAACCUUUAAUGUUGUUGUUUUAACUGUUUUCUGCAGCCUGUUCCUGUCAAUGUUAUAUUUAGAUCUCUUAGUUUCUUAUAUAAGGCUCACCUGUCAGGAGAACAGUGUCAGGAGUGAAAUGGAUGCGUUUUUUCAGAAGAUUAAUCCCUCAUGAUCACUUCCCUUUCCUCCUGCAUGUACCCUAUGUUAGCUUUUUCAUUGUUUAUCUCUGUAAUACCUCUCAGGUAAUGCCUCCAUCCACCUUUGCACACUGUUAAAUGUUCUAAAGUGUGAGCUCUGGAACCACUAGUCUAAUAAUCUAUUGUGGGGUUCCACCUGGAUCCUAAACAGUUCCACCUUUUUUUCAACUCACCCCUUUAAGGAGCUUUUUCUUUACAGUUAUUCUUCUUGAAAGGGUUAGAAGGAGUCUGUUGUGCAUAACAAUUUAAAUAAUUGAGUAACGCAGUCUGAACUUUGGUACUGUGUGAUUAGUUUGAUAUCACUACAAACACCCACAGCCGUAAAUCUUUGCUCAAACAGUGUGCAAAAUAAAGUACCUCAGCAUUUGGUGCCAGUCUGAUGAAGAAGGCUUGUGCAGUUUUAGGGGUCAGGGGUCUCUCCCUGGUCUGUUUGGCAUGUUGCAAGUUUGCAGGGAUAUCAUGUUUUCAGUGAGCUUUAAGAGGCAGGUUCAGAAACAUGUGCAUUAAAGAGGAUUAAAGUGAACACUUGUUCACACAGCCUGUACAGUUCACUUUGGUCUGAUAAAAGCUGCCUGUUGUUCCUCUGGACUGUGGACUGUCUCUUUGUGCCAACCUCACUCUCUUUCUAUCGCUCUCUCUCUCUCUCUCACUGUCUGUCUGUCUGUCUGUCUCUCUCUCUCUGUUGGUGCAGGAUGUUGAGAAUAGACAGAGCAGGCGACAUGCAGACAUCACAAUAGAUCUUUUCAGACAUAUAGACGAGGGAAUAAAGGAGUCUUUGGCCUCACUGAUUAACAUCACACAGAUGAAUAUGAGGUCAUUUUGACGACUCGGCCCACAGAAGUCAGACACUAACAGGAUGUUCACACACAGCACAUCCAGAAGAUCAUAUUUUUAAUGUUUUUCUCUAUAUAUAAAACCCUUUAGCAGCACCAGACGACAGCUCCCAUCUGUCUUCUUGUAAUUCCUCCUUUAUUUUGCCUCCUUUCAUUCCCUCAUUAACACUGCCUCAGCUGAAGUGACCUUUCAGAAUAAAAGCUUCUUUGUAACGGACAGUCAUAAGUGACUGUUUUAUGAUCAAAAGCCAAAACCACAUAGGAAACAGCUCAUAAAUACAGGCAGGAAUGUGUGAGACGGCAGACUUUUCUAUACUUUAAAUGGUUUUCCCACAGAUCUUUAAAGGUGCUUUGAGUGUAACACAGUUUUUUAAUGUAUGAUAGUAUUGAAGAUAACAAAAAGUUAAGUCUUAAGACACUAAAGCUGAUCACAAAGCAGGUGCUCUGCUUCUUCGCUCCAUUAUUUUUGAUAAGUUGUAUAAACGAAUUAAAUUUUUGAUACUGGUGGUGUCCCACAGGGCUCAAUAUUUGGUCUCCUGAUAUUUUCUCUGCACAUGACUUUUAUUUGACCCUAAAGUUGUCCUUUUUUAUGACUAAAGAUCAUCCAGUCUGCCUUUAACACAAGCAGCAAACAGUUCAUGUAUUUAUCAUUUACAUGACCAUCAACAUUCAUCACACAGCAUGGCUGAAAUACAACAAGCAUUACUUGUGGUAUAAGAAGGAUAUUCUUUAAAGAAGCAUUUUAUAAAAAUGAGGUACCUUUCUCUUGAACUCAUAUUCUUACAUUCAUCGUUCUUUUUAUUUGUUUGUUUUGUUCUGUUUCUGGGAAUGUUUGCCUUUAUUAGAUAAGACAUCCCAAAAGAGACAUAAGAAUAAGAAGAAUAGAGAGUGAAGGAAGACAUGCAGCAAAGGGUGAGGUCUAUGGCCUCUGUGUAAGGGACAUAGUGCAAUGAGGGCUGUAGCCCCUGUGCACAAGGUGCCUGCCAAAGGAGCCGCUCACUGUGACUGGAAAAACUAAAAAUGAAAAAUUUGGUACAGAAGAGUUACUGAUCGAGGAAACUGAACCGUGAAAUGAGAGAAACCGGACCAAAGUUAUGAGGAAAAGCUGCUUAAAAUGCCAUACAUAUAUCAAAGUUAACUUUAUGAGCAAACCUUUAUCAAAUAAUCUGGUUUGUCUGUGAAACUAAAGUCACACCCAUAGCUGCUGAGGGCGAAAAAGUGGAGGAUGAGCUGCUGGUGGACUCAAGUUUGUUUUCAGUGGACGGCAGCUUUGUUUCUCAGUCAGAGGACAAGGAGAAAUAUUCAGGACUGGGUUCAGAAAUUUAAAUCAGCUGCUGCAGGAGAGAGAGAGAGAGACACAGAGAGCGAGACUGAGAGAGAGAGAUACUGUAUGUGUGUGUUUGUGUGUGUGUAGAGAGAAGCCCUCCUACGUCGCUCAGACAUCACACUGAACUGACUGUGUGUGGUCACAGGGGCGGAACAAUCAUCUGUCUGUUGUGUGUGUGUAGGUGUGUGUUUGUGUAAGUGUAUGUUUAUAUGAGUGUGUGUUGCAUGUGCCGCUAUGAUCAAACAUGUCAAACAUGUGCUGAGGGUGGGUUAAGGUGAGACAUCCAUAAGCGUCCUGCAGUGAAAAUGCCCUUUGUAAACCUCACCUCUGACGCUCCAGAGAAAAUCUAAAGUUUGAUAUAAAUCUGUGUAAACUUGGUUCUGAUGAUUCUUUCUGUCUUUGUCUGUCUCUCAGAUCCAGAGGGACAGAGACGUCUUCUGUCCAGUUCAGCCCCUCCCUGAAGCAAACACAGUGACAUGUACAGGUAAGACUGUCUCAGUCGGAUGAGAAUCAAACACACACAGUUUUUGUUAAAGACAGAGAAGCUCAGAUAUAUUUGUAGAUUUCUCACAGCCUGACUUGAUGUCUGGACUAAUUUACUGAAACACUAUAGCCCGCCUGGUUGCUACACAAUCACACUGGCACUCUUGGGCGAUGGAAACACACACUGACUUAAUGUCAGCUUUUAGUUUAACUCUGUUAUUAAAAGUUCAAGGACUUGAGCUCUUUUAUCACUUUCAUGUUAUCACAGGCUGCAAAUCCAACAAAUCUGUUGAGCUGUAAUCAUCAUUAAAACUGAAAUUUGAUCAACCUGCUGUCUGUAUUGUACACUCUGCUAAAAUGUUGGAGAGGUUUGUCGAUAUUAAAACGCUGGUUCCCCCUGACUGUACCUUGCUCUGGCCUUCACCCUCUGGUGGACCCUCUGGUCCUGAUAAUACAGAGUUUAGGGGCUGCUACUGCAAAAACAAGAUCACCCCUGGACUUGGCCUGUAGAGUUUGGACUCGUUAAUGUUGUUUUGUAAGUAACAGCCAUACAUGGCUGUUAAUAAGAUUUAAGGUUUAUCCUGUGUGUGGCUCACAGGAAAUUAUAGCAUACAAGAUAAGAUUUUAAGGACUCAGAAACAUGUCUGAAGAGGGAGUUUUAGUGAUUUGGGUAAGAGAGUCUUGGAUGUUAGUAUGGGUUUGACCUUGGUGAUUCCUCUGAACUGAAGGAAGCAGGACUGGCCCACUUAAGUUGUGUCAGUUUCAAAAGUUAGCUGCUGGCCAAACAGAAUAUCCAAACUUUUCACAGUGGGUUUAAGGUGGUGUGAAGGACUUCAGUUUUACCAGGUUUAUCCAGAUGAAGGAAAUUCUGUGGCUAGACAGUCUCAAAGACAGUCUGACUGAGAUCGUUCAGUUAGAAUAAGAAAUAAAGCUGCAUGUCAUGACGAUAACAAUGGUAGGAGGUAACAGAGGUGGAUCGGAGCAGAUCACCCAGAGGAAUUUAGAAAACCAGAGUGGGCCCAGGACAGAGCUGAGUGGGACUCGGCACAGAAAAAAAAAGUCUAUCAAUGUCUGCUGUAACUGUGUCUGUAAAAUUCUACGAUAAAUACAACGAUAAAGUCAGUCAAACAAAACAAAGUAAGAACAGAUCAGCUUAGGGUCAGACAACCACAUGAACCCCCAACUUCUUUAUGUAACAUGGAGAUUAUUCUGAUGAUGGGACUCUAACAGCAGUAACCAUGAAACAGAAGCUCUGCAGACAAACACACACACACACACACACACACACACUCUCUCUCUCUCGCUCUCUCUCUCUCUCUCUGGCUGGUUCUUUGUGGUUUGGGUGAUAUGAGGUCAGUUUCCUGUCUCAGAGGAUUGCACUCAGUGCUGCAACAGACUCACACUAAUACACACUCUCACACACUCAGCUGCAGCAUCUGCUCCUAAGACGCGCCCGUAGAUCUGUAGAUGAAGUUCUCUCCUGCCCGUUUCCUCUCUCUCGCUCUCUCAGGUAACCUCUCCCUCUUUUUUUCACAGACGUCCUCCCUGAGACAGACGAGUGUGUGUCUCUGUGUCUGAUGCGCUCAGACAAAGACAGUCUGGAUGACAGCGUCUUUAAAAAGGUACGACAGCAAACACACAGUGUGUUAGUGUCCAUGUCUCUGUCAGCUCUCUUUGCUGUUGUCCUCUCUGUUAACUCUGGAGUCUGCGUGUUUGACGUCAGCACAGCGGCGGACAUCCUCUUCACUUCAGGGUCUCUAAAAACAGUCCGGCUGCAGCUCUCUACCUUCACAGCUUUCUAAAAAUACUCUGAAUGGGAAAAUCUCUGUUUGACGAAGAGUUACGUAACAGAGCUGGAAACACUUUUCCCUCUGCAGCUCGGCAGGAGUCAGAGGAACGCAGCCGCCUGCACAGACUCUUCCUCAUAAACUCUGAAAAACAUAGAAGUUUACAGGAGACCGCAUGGUUCUUCAGGAUCAGGGGGCAGUAAUCAUCAAUACUGAGCAUUUUGAAACCCAUGCAGCUGCUGCGUAUCGCUGUAAAACCGAGGAACAUGUGUGUGUUUUCUGUUCCAGGCAUUUCAGCGCUGGGUUUAUUAAAACCAGCAGUUAGGGCUCCUAUUUGCUCAGAGCGUCAUCACUGUGACUCACUUACUCUGACGGAGUCCUUUCCACUCAGCUCCUUCAUUACGUUAGCAUGUGGCAGGCUGGAUCCGACUGCUGUUUACCCCUCAGCUCUGUCUAACAGGAUAUCAGACUUAUAAUCUUUGAUACCAGUAAAAAUCAAUGAAAUCCAAUUAUACGUGUCAAUACAUGGUUAUGUCACUGUUUUGGCGUCUGUUGAUGCGCGGUGCAGUGAUGACAGUCUGCAGGUCAAACUGAUAGAGAACACAGAGAGACCUCGUGAAAGCUCUGUCUCUCUACUCUGCUCUCUUGCAGCAAACAGGAACAUUAUAUGUGUUUUUAUUAGAGGCUAAAAGGACCAAACUAGAAGUCAUUCUUGGCCGAUGUGUGAGCUUUGACGACGGGCAGAGCAGAGAGACACAAUUUCUCAUACUUGUACAUUUUCUAUGAUUUUAUGCAUUUCUUUUACUGCAUUUCUUGGUGAGCUAUGAUGAAGCACAGCAGACAAAUAUCAAAUCUUAUCAUCGGCAUAAAGAUGAACUUGACUGCCAGAAAGAGCAAAGACAACAUCAUUUAUAAGAAGAGGGAUUUGAAGAGAAGACACAGUGACAUUUAACCCAACGGUCUAAAGUAUAAUCCUUCUCACCUGAAAAUCCUUACCACCUUAAACUAAGGCUUUCUCUCUCCUAACUUUAAAUGCUGCACUCUGAAAUAGUCUGGACUGAAUAGAGAUUUUUUUGAUGGCUUGUAAAGAGUAUUAAAAAAAUAAAUAAAGCCAAUCACUAAUUAAGACCCAGUUAGCGCAGGUCAGUAUCAGAGUCGAUGGUUGUUUCAAUUAUCAGUGACUUAUCAAUGAUUAAAAAAGUUGUGAGGCCGCCCAUUCUGACCAUGACCAUAUACGUCAUUUAACCAGCAUCAAGCUUCAUCUCUAACUCUCCUUUCUCUCUGCCUCUUUCUAGCCUGCAGACCCUCCACUCAAGGUUGGGCAGAGGGACAGGGGUGUCCGUGUGUCCUGGUCCUCCACAGAUGAGGCCUGUCCCAGUGAGGGGGGUCUGUCAGUGGGUUCUGCUGACUCUGCAACCCCUCGGAGUUCCAGAUUGUCCUGGAAAUCAGAAACCGAGGACAGAGGUACAGACUCACAGAGAAAUCCAGGGUUCACUCUGAAUUCAGUGAUCACACAGACUGAAGGUCCACAGAUAGCUGGAUUUUCCCUGAUCUUUAAAUCAGGUGUCGUAUUCCACAUUUGCACCCAGAAUCUCCUCUAUAUAACGUCGAGAGCGUUUUUUCGACUUCUUAUCUUUCUUAGAUCAGAUUGAAUAUUUACUCCACAUAUGGAUCCCCUUUGUGGUGUAACUUGCACACAGAGUUUCACUCAGAUGAAGUUUCUAUCCAGUUUCUCUUUUUAAUUCAGAGCAGAAAUCCCUCCCAGUGAAUGAUCAGGUUUGUGGACAGUAUCUUACAAACAUGGAGCUGCAUCCAUAACGAACUCUCAGGGAUUGUUUUUGACUCUAAAACCUCACAGUUCAGUCUGUCCACAGGGAGGAGGUGUGGUGAGGCGUCCACGUCGCUCAUUGUUCCUGUCCUUUCCUGUCAGAAACUUACAUGCAGAAAAUCACGUUGAAACAGUUGUAAAGUUUAAAUGAUUGUUUAAAUCCUCAGGAGGAGGAGGAGGAGGUGGAGGAGGAGGAGACUCAGAGAGGGGGGGAGAGGAGGAAGAGAAAAAUGACCGGCUCACAGAGAAUCCCGUCUCCUCCGCCAUCAUGAGAGCCUCCAUCCGCUCUCUCUCUCCGCUCAGACGUCACAGCUGGGAGCCUACCCCGAACGUCGCAGAGAGUGACAUCACAGCAAGCAGGUACUGAGGUGUUAGGACCCACUGUGUGUGUCUGUGUGUGUGUGUGUGUGUGUGUGUGUGUGUGUGUGUGUGUGUGUGUGUGUGUGUGUGUGUGUGUGUGUGUGUGUGUGUGUGUCUGUGUGUGAUUAAAGAAUCAGUUCAUGUUUACGAGGUGGUUUCUGAUGCAGUCUCAGGUGUCACUGAUCCCAAGUAUUGACUUUACAAAAGGAGAAAACAGGUUUAGUUUCUGCUCUAAAAAUGGACCUUUUUGAAUGAGUGUGUAUGUGGCUUCUGGUGCCCAGAAACUGUCAUAAAGAUCAUCUGUAUGAUCAGGUCCACUCAUGAUCAGUUAUAAUUUCCUUCACUGUGACAUUAGGGGCUUAUGGUGUCAGAGUUAGUACAGCCAAAGGAGCAUCUCCUUCAUGUUCUCUUUGUUUUUCAUUGCUCCUACUUUAUUUACAUGAGAGUCAAAUUUCUGAUAGUCUGUAUGUGUGUCCUUUCAGUUCCGUGGAGAGUCCACCAGAAGAGACCAAGAGGGUUAAGACCCCACUGCACAGGAGAAGGUACAACUGUCAAUCAUUACCUUCAUUUCAUUUAAACGGCUCAUUACACUUCAGUUUAAAAGAGAGAGAGAGAGAGUGUGUGUGUGUAUGUGUGUGCCAGUGUGCAUGUGUGUGUGUGCAAUGCAGUGUGAGCUCCUCACUGAGUUACUAAGAGGGUCCUGCAGGAUCACUGUCCUCACUGCUCGUCUGUGCUGCACACACACACGUGCGCGCGCACACACCGGCAGUGUUUUUGGGUGUAGUUCGGCAAGGCAGUGACUCAGCCUGCUCACAUGACCGUCUAGACACACACACACGCACACACAAACACACAUGCACACAAGUUUGCGUACACGGUAUUCGAAGGAAAAGUCAUUACUGGAAUCAGAGAAGUGGUGCAGCGAGGGUGGAGAUGGAAAAGUCCUCUGUGACUCAGUCGUGUGUGUGUGUGUGUGUGUGUGUGUGUGUGUGUGUGUGUGUGUGUGUGUGUGUGUGUGUGUGAGUGUUUUAGUGUGUGUGUGUGCAGCUGUGGGAUCAGUUUCGGUCUGAUUUUGUUAUGUAACAGUAAAAACACUUCCACUCCUCAUAAAGACAGUCUUGCUGAUUUACAGUCGUGUCUUUAUCAGCUUCUCUUCAGUGAAAACAGACUCUGCAUAUUUAUUGAACGUUCACUCUGACUGGAAAUGUCUGAUUCUGUUCAAUGAGGAGGCGAGUGAAUGAAAAAAUCAUUAUGAUAAAGGUGAUACAGAUGUGACAGUGAUCACAUGAUAUAUAAAUAAAUCAUAACAAUCACAUAGACAGGAACUCAUGGCAUAUGUGACUGAGUGAGUCAGAUUGUGUCUAAAUAUGAUAACAGAUUUAAAAAAACAAGUAGAUAAUGCAUCUCACCGCAGAUUUAAAGAUAUGUAAUUCAGACAUUUUGAGUGACAGGUACCAUCAGUUAAGUUUCAAUGCACUGACUGUACAUCCUUGAGAAGCUCUUUCAGUCACCGGGAUAUAAAACACGACGAGCUGCUUUUGUUCGUACCAGGGAGGAGGUUUUGUGUCACAUCAGUCAUCCAGCUAAUCCUCAAUGUAGACAGGCAGACCUGCUCUCUGUCAGGAUUAGAGCUCUAAGCAGCAGACAGAAGAGAUGCCAACAGCUUGUCUCCACAAUCAGACACAAAACAAGAGCAAACUGCACAGAGCUGCAGGACUGGCAGAGCAGAUAGAAGGGGGUAAAUAAUGCAAAAAUCCAGAACCCAGACAAUCUUUCAGAUUAAAGGUCUGCUCAGACAUGCUGGUUUCUCUUCUUGUCUAAGUUUCUCCAGGAUGUACAGCUUCUGCCAGUAAAGGAACCUCACUUUCAUAACUCUGCUUCACUUAUUUCUCUUCAGGACAUAAAAAUGACCUGAUAUUUUCAAUCAUUCACCAUCACACCGUCACUGUCCAUGCUAACUCUGCUGAACACACAGAUCCUAUGACCAUUAACUGAACAGUAACAGCUGAGCCUUUACACUAAUCUCUUUUCCUCUCCUCCAUCAUCUUCUCAUCAUUCAUCUAUCCGUCUCUGAAGUAUGAGCUGGUGUCCAUCCAACCUGCACCCCCCUGACCAGCAGCAUAUAGACAGCAGAAGGUAAACACAGACAAAACCUCCACAAACUGACUCUGGAAGUUAAACCUUCAACUCUAACGCCAAACACACAAGCACACACACAUUAUAAACACACUCAGUUACAUGUGAGUAUGUGUGUGUUCUGGUUAAACAGCUACAGUCUCGAGGGUCUGGAGGAGAGGGGCACUCUGCAGACUCCAUGUCCCAGCAUCCUCUCUGAUCAGCAGGAGAGGAGUGCAGGGAGAAGAGAGGAGAGAGGCUCCCUGCUGUCCUUGACUGAGGAGGAGCAGGAGGGGGAUACCAGCAGCCUCCACAGCCAGGUGAGUGUUUGUGUGUGUGUGUGUGUUUUAGGGGACGGGACCAGAGGAAAGGAGUGAGACUACCCCCACACGCUAACAUGCAAGCUGAUGACAGAAAUGUGCAGCUGAUGGUUUGAUUUCUUGUCUUGCUGUAGUUGUGUGGGCUCUUUGUCAGGAUGUUGAGUUUUACGAUUUCCUUUGACAUUUCACUUACUCACACCUCCUACUGUGAUGGUGCUAUGAUCAGCUGUAGGCUAAAAGUCACAGCUGAAACACUGCUAUUAAAUAUGGGCUGAGUAUUUUCAAGAGCCUCACAAUCCACUUCAGUUUAAAUUCUUUGACCACAGAUCCAUUCAAUGUGGAGAUUAUAAUGUGUGCAUGAUGAGUUUAAAUUUUAUGCUCAGCCUUUAUAAUAAUUGUUUAGGGUUUUUUGGAAAGUCAAGACUGUGUGAAAGUUUUGCACUUUUUUAAGGGGAUCAAAUUUUUUACCACCCUGAAAAAGUAACCAACAGAGUCUAAUAUCCACCUCUGUGACACAGCAGUUUAACUGUUCAACACUGAUAUAAAAAGUCUGAUGCCAUAUUCAAUGGAAGAUAGAAAAAUAAAUCUGUAUGUUGUUUUUUAUCUGAAAGUAAUUUAUGUUAAUGUUAAUAAAAAACUUUUACUCUGAUGAUAGAAGUUACCUCAUCCUUCAUUUAUAUCAACCUCAGCAUGAAAACAUACAGAUUCAAGUCUUUGAGCAUCAGGCCUCAAACAUCAGCUCACUGAUCCAUCAGGUAGUUCAUUACAGAGACAAUACAAAUUUAAUAUGUUCGUGUGUGUGUGUGUGUGUGUGUGUGUGUGUGUGUGUGUGUGUGUGUGUGUGUGUGUUUGUGCGUGUGUGUGUGUUUAGCCAUCACAUCAGACUCUGACAGUGACCAACAGCUGUCCUCCCAUGUUUCAUCACCAGUCCCUCACCAAAUCCAUCUCCAUGGUAGCCAUCAGUCACAGAGACCUCAGUGGUGAGUCUGUUUUUUUUUCUCAUCCUGUUUCUCUCUUUCUCUUUCUCUCUCUCUCUCUCUCUCUCUCUCUCUCUUUCACUCUCUCUCUGUCUGUCAGAUAUGCGAUUUUCCUUCUGAACUUCAUGCCAUAUGUUUUUACUUCUCCUCAUCUUCAUCCUGCUGCACCAUCCACAUCCUGCAGUGAUUGGAUGUUCUUCAUCUAAGCGGCGAAUCAGCUUCUCCCUCAGUAUUCCCACACUCCUCCCCAAAAAUAGACGCUUCUUUUCUAUUGGCUACUCCUCCAGUGAUGAGGAGGAGGAGGAGGAGGAGGAGGGAGGGAGUAAGUAUGAUGAAGGUAGCUGUGUGUCAGAGUGGAUCCUGUAACUCCUCCAAACUAAACCCCCAGCCCCCACCCCACCCAAAGCUUCUUACAGCUAACACUGAAGCUUCCUAAAAGUCUAAACCAGCCUCCUUGACAGCCUCUGAAUAAAAUAGCCAGUUUCAGAGAGCUGCUGCUGUUGAUUCUUAAAGUGCCACUCUGUAGCCAAAAUCACAUUACCUGUGUCAUUCUCAAGGGCUAUUAAUCUGCAGAGCCCCAGUAGAUCAUUAGCAAUUCACCUCCGAGUUGUGAGCGGAGACAGUGCUGCUCUGCACACUCCUCUUCACGCUAGCUUGCAGCCUAACAUGGUCAGGGCAGGAAGCAGCAGGUGACAUAGGAGCUAUUCAGCUGUCAGACACGAGUGUCUUUAGGGACAUGAUGAAAGGUAAUAUCAUAAUUAGCUUUCAUAAGCAUUGCAAUCUGCUAACGCACAUGCAUGUUCUGUAAUCGCCCUCUACUUCUCAGAGUCUGGCCUGCAUAGUGGGGCUCCAGGGGCGGAGCUUGGAUUUGUGACAUAAGAAAUCUCACUGUGUCUGAUCCUGAAAUUCUCAGAAAUGCAAUUUUGCUCAUAGUUUUGUGUAUAUAGACAACAAGAAAAACAUGAUUUUUAAUUGAGUGGGUCUUUACACUAAUUUUUUUUUUUUAUAGGAAGUGAUUCUGUUAAAAUGUAGCGCUUUGCAAAACAUUUCAGGUUUGUAUGUUACUGAUAACUGUAACUGCAGAGACAACAUAAAAACUAUUAAAGCCUUUUUUUUUUAGAGAAGACCUUCAUAUUUCAGAGAGACAAUGACAAACCACAUUCUGACAACAGGGAUUACAACAGCAUGGCUCUGUAGUAGAAGAGUCCUGCUAAGAAACUGGUCUGCCUAUAUGGAGGAGUGUUAAGGUCUCUGUCCGUGUUCUCCUAAUCUCUGAGGUCUCUUCUUCCAUGUCUAACUUUCUCUAUUAAGGUCUUUGCUCCUUCAUCUGCAGUUCAACUCUCAGCUGAACAAAAUACUCAACUUCAAGAUUCAAUAAAUUUCCUCUUUUCCUCCUGUAGGGGGCGGGUCGUUCUCCAGUAAUUCUGGUUCACUAGAGUACAGGUAAGAAGCGAAGAUGGUAGAGCUCAUAUUAAUUUAAACACAGCCUGCUGGAUGUUUCUGAGUGUUUCAGUUUUCAUGUCCCAAACAAAAAGUUUUAGUGUGUUCGCUCUGUGAAUUAAAGCAAAACCUGUGUGUCUGUGUGCGUGUCAGUAUUUCAGAGGAAGAGCCGGGCCCCCUGCGGAGCGACACUGAGGGGAAAGGAGGCCCUAAAAUCAGCCGAACGUUCAGCUACCUCCGUAACAAGAUGACUAAGAAAGGAAAGGUGAGAACAGCUGCUGCAGGUGCUUGAUGAACAUAAACACGCUGCAACACAAUGGAGCACCUGAGAGAGUGUGAGGGGCUUAGCGCAGGUAUUCAGGGAUCAGAGUACAUCUCUCUUUGUAGGACUGAGGAGAAACUGAUUUAGAGUCUGUCUCUGUAUUGGUAGACUUGAGGUCAGAAGGGGGUGCUGCUAGACAGCACAGGCAUCCUGCAGACAGUGUGAGCAUAUCAGAGAGGGUGUUUGUGAUUGGUUACAGUUUAUUCAGAGUUUAUAAAUCAGAGUUUUUCUCCAGAACAGCUAAUUAUGAGCUAAGACUUCAGUUAAUUACUACGUCAUGAAGAGCUUGAGCCCGCAGACUAAAAAUACGACUGAAACCAGAUAAAAACUGAAGUGAAAGAAGAUACUCAAGUAAAUGAUCGAGUCAGAAAUGAUCCCAAAAUUUAUUAAACUGCAUGAAACUGAUUUUUAAAGCAGAACUUCGAGUUUCAGACCACAUUACAGAAACUUUUACUGAUGCAUCAUGAGAUCUGAGAGUCUGUUUAGAUGAAGCAUGAUGAUGAAUUCUGCAAAAACACUGCAGACAGACGGAGGAAGAGGAACUCCGGUUGUGCGCGUGUUAGUGUGUGCAUGUUAGUGUGUGUGUUAGCGUGUACAGAUGUUUGCCUGUUCACUUCCUGAUUUAAAACAAAAAGACGAGCAGCAGCAGCUUGAGCUCAUUGAGCGAAACAGAAAGACAACAGCACAAUAGGACAAGGACAGAACGGCAGACGAGAGGGACAGAUUAUGAGACAGACAGAAAGACGGUGUAGAGAGACUGACGGGAAGUUAAAGAAGAAGACGGGAGGAUUGUUAGCGCCAUGCUCAGUAAAAGGUUGAGUCGUUCUGUGAAGUGGAGAGAGGACGCUGGAUCAGAGGAGGUAAAAGGCUGAUUCUCAUCGUUAGUGUGUGUCUGUCUGUGUCUGUCUGUGUCUUUAAAGUCUCUGAGAUUCUGGACAGUUUUGUCCCAAAGUUUUUAUUAGUCUAACCAGGAGAAAACUUACUGGGGUUCAAAUGUCUUUUUUUCACAGACUCCUGGCUGUUAGAUGCAGCAACCGAGUUUUGAUAAGAAAAUAAAUCAGCAGUUAUAAUAAAUCUGGUUUGGAUGAUGUCAAAGACAUGGAGACAGAUUUUUUCUUAGCAGCAGCAUUUUGAAUGUUUGGAUUCUUGAGCUCAUGCUGUUAAAGUUUCAAACCUUCAGUUAUAUGGGUAAAAGUGCAGAAUGACUGCAUUACAUCUACUGCAUAACUCAGAUGACAUCACUUCCUGUUGCUCGGUCUGUCUUUAAGAAAAGCUGAUUCUGCAGUCACACUUCGACCCUGAGUGUGUCAGACGAACCAUAAAAACACUGAAAUCUCACAGGGUUAAAAAAAAGAGGUGAAGAGCUGUGAUUGGACAAUAAGCGCUGAUUAUGGUUCUUCACACUUGGGUUGAGAGGCCCCAGGUCCAGCGUUUAAAGGGAUAUUCCGCUGAUGAAGUUAGGUGCUGUUCUGAGCAUUAUUUGUGGCUAUAGAGUGGCUUUUUGGUUGAGGUUUGUGUGUGGCUCCUCAGACCGCUGUGUAUUAUAUCCUGCGGUCGUUACUAAAGUUGGUAUAACUAGAGAAGCAAGCGGUGAGCAACAUUCAUCUCUGAGGGGGGGAUGAGGCGGCUUCAGAUGAUAGAUGUGAAAGUAGCAUGGUGUGCAUAUCAAACUUGAACAUGUUCAGUUCACUACAACGAAGCAGACUGACAUUUUUUACAGAGAAAACUAAGAUGUUUGUCAGUUUCUUUUAAAUAAAGAUUAUUUUAAAAAAUAGUAACAGACAGGAACCUGGGUCAGGGUGGCUCCUGAUCAAGUGAAACUAAAAAUAACAGCACUGUCUCUGUGAAACACCUGCUUUUGUGUGUUUUGUAGGAGAAGGAAAAGAGGGGAGAGAGGGAGCGAGAGGGGAAAGAGAAAGAGAAGAAGAGUUCAAACGGUCACCUCUUCAUCUCCAUCAGUCCGUCUCCAUCCUCCGUCUGUCAGCUCUGCAGCAAACCUCUGAAGGACAGCAAGGACUCCUUCAUCUGCAACAGUGAGUCCCUCAGUCCUGCACUCUCUGCACUUUUUAGACCUGCAGCAUGUUUCUGUUCGAAUCACUGUCAGAUGGAAAGAAAGAACCAGAGGAUGAACAAAUCCGUCUGACUGAAGGCUGACGCUUCAAAACUGAACGCUGACCUCCAGACCAGGAGAUUCACUUUCAUGAGUCAGCAGUAUGUGUGAACGUGUCAGAGCUUAAACACGGCGGCCAGUAACAGCUCACGUCUGUAGGAAAAUGUCUAAGCAUUAAAGCGUCUCCAUGGUGAUGGUGAUAAUGAUGGUGGUGGUGAUGGCAGCCUUAAUCACUGUGUUUUUAUUGACUCAGCAGUUUUUGGAAGCCGUUUAGUGUGUCUCUGUUGCACUGUGUUGCAUCAUCCCAUGUGUGUGUAUGUGUGCGUGUGAAGGAUUCAGAGGAUGAGAUCAUUGAGCAAGUUAGUGUGAGAGUGACUUGGUCGUCAGGGAUGAGGACUUGAGUUUGAGACUUUGAUUUGAGUCACAACCAAACAUGAGCCUCGACUUAAACUGUUAGUCCAGCCUCUGAAAGACUGGAGAUCUUGGAGUUGUGAACAGUUUAAGCUCAUACCUAAUAAAUGCACUUUUUAAAAAUGAUUUCCAAUCUGCUGAUUCUGAUAUUACGCCAAUAAAAUCGUGCAUCAGCCUGAGAUCCAAGACUCUGAUUGGCGAUUUGCUUUAUCAUGGGCGGGAACUCCUUUCAGCUGUGGUUCUUUGGUUCUGCAGGCUGCUUGUAGAUUCUUUUGCAGGUCAUGUUCUCCGGUUAUCUGAGGUUCUUUAAAGCCUGACUUUGCACAAACGUGUUCAAGCUGAUAGGAUUUAGGUUUCUGUUUCCUCCUGUUACGUUUUACAGACACAAACACAAUGUUUAUGUUGUUGUUCUGUCUGCAGACUGUGGAGUAUACGUCCAUAAGUGCUGCAGAGAGAGUCUGCCAGUGUGUGCAAAGAGCAAAACAAAGGUACUCACACACACACACAUACAUACUGUACAUGCACACUCACUUACAAAAUAAGCCUUGUAGAGUUUCGCUCUGAAGGACACACACGUGUGUAUCACUGCUGAUGAUCAGACCCUCGCAGGGAGCUCACCUGUCCUCUCACCUGAUAUCCUCAUGUCCUGUGUGUCUCCAGAUGCAGACUCUGGGUCCUGAAGCUGCUCCUGGGUCAGCCGUGAACACGAGGAGUAAAUGUAAGAACAGACCGAGUCACACUAAGACCCUGAUAUAUGUGGAAACAGAUACAGAGUCAUAUAUGACAAACACACCAGUCAGGUGGAUGCAUAAGAGGUCAGAUAAAAGAGAGUGAACAUGAAGACAGAGAGACAAAAGCUGUAGACACUCUGGAGUCAAUCUUCAUUUAGAGACGAUCAAUCUGUGAAUCUGCACUCUAUUGUGCUGCUACAGAUUUCUCUGAAUGUCGUCUUUGUGUUGAUCUGCAGCUACAUCUUCAGCGUCCUCUGUAUCAUCCACAUCCUCCUCCUCAUCACGGGAACGCUGGUCCACAGCAACCACACCUGAUGACCAGCUUCCUGUCCUCUUUCCACGGAGACACCCAAGCAUCUUCAACACACACAGCAACCUGUCCAAGAGCAUCUCCACCAGCAACAUAGCAGGGUGAGACACACAAACACACACACACACACACACACACAUACACAUGCAGACUUACUUCUGCAGCUGCACUCAGUGAACCAGAGUUUAAUGGUAACUGUUCUCUUUUGUUGUUUGCAGAUUGGAUGAGGUUCCUCUGAAGGGUCUGAAGUUUCUGUCUCAGUCCACAGACUCUCUGAAUCAGGGCAGCAAAGUGAACGCCUCCACGGAGUCGCUCACUGAUGAAGGUACACACAUUUUACAAACAUUAACACACAUGAACACACACUAACACUGAGCUCAUGUAGAUCAUAGACUGGAUAUAGAAUGGACGCCAUCUGCCUCCUCGCUGGGUGAAGCCAUUGAGGGAACAGCACCCUCUGGUGACAGGCUGCAGUAUAGGUCAUAAAUCCCACCUCCUCCAGCAAUCCCUAUGGAGCUGUGGACAAACUUAAGAAGUUUAUUACACAGAAUAUACAUUUUUCUCCUCCCUGCUUGUGAUGUUGACAUUUGUUUGUGCUCAAGUCCUCUUUUUUCUGUGCAGCUUUGUAUUUCAAAGUUAUUAGGGGGUUCAUGUUUUCUAUGAUUGACACUUGAUACAGCCUAUGGGUGUACGAAGAUUGCAUAGCUCACCUGGAGGAUAUGCUGUUUGAGUCAAAGAGAGCUAUGACUGUUAUUAGAGUUUUUGCUAGCGACCUGAACUUUCCUCUGUGUGUGUGUGUUUGUGUGUGUUUUAGGCACUGAGAUGAUUGACAGUCAGCUGAUGGGGGAGUUUGAGUGUGAGGUAAAGGAUCUGGAGGCUGAUUCUUGGAGCGCCACGGUGGAUAAAAAGUUCCUGAAAGCUCUGAAGAAAGAUGAGAUUAAGAGACAGGACGUCAUCUACGGUAACACCUGUUUACCUGUCUGUCACACUGUCCAGAUAAGCGCGUACCUGCCUGUGGUUCCCAGUCUCAGAUGUCUCUCUUUCUCUCUCUUUGUGUCCACAGAGCUGUACCAGACAGAGUUUCACCACGUGCGGACUCUGAGGAUCAUGAGUGAGGUUUAUUAUAAAGGCCUUCAGAAGGAGCUGCAGCUGGACACGCUCACUAUGGACAAGGUGAGCAGAGGGGGUGAAACAACUUACUGACAUCACUGAUUAAAUAGCAUAGGUUAACACUCUGUGUGCGGUUCAUUUUCCGCAGAUCUUCCCUAUGUUGGAUGACCUGCUGGACAUGCACAUGCUCUUCUUCAGCCAGCUGCUGGAGAGGAAAAGAGCAUCUUCAUCUGAGGGUCAGAGCAACAACAACUUCCUCAUCUGCAGCGUCGGGGACAUCCUGCUGCAACAGGUGAGCUCCGGGAAACAUCAGCUGAUCUCAGGGUAAACUUUCUCAAAUGGAGACAGUCUACCAUCUGGGUGCUCAGUGAGCUGCAGGUUGAAGAGAGAAAACCUUGGUCUUGUUCAGAGGUGUGUUUUGGGUGUCACAUGAAUCGGACCAGUCAGAGUGUCAGCUCCCUUUAAAGUCUGGUUUAUGCUCCUGCAUCAGACCUACGCCGUACUGGCCUUCGUAAGCACCACAUAAUUUAGUGUUGGUUUGUCACGUUGCUCUGCAGUAUUGUGCAUGCUCACCAUAUGAUCAGUCUCCAGUCCUCUGUGCAGACCGAAUACAAGCGUAACAUGUUAGAGUUUAAGCUGAUUGAGCUGCAGUUAGACUGUACAGCUGCUGAAGAAGAGGACACCAGAAAUGUUUGUUACCAAGCAGACCAAUCACAGUCCUGAUUGUUUCAAUGUGUCGUUACAUUUUUGAGGAGGUGCAUGUUGGGCUUCUCUCACCUCCUGUGGUCAUGGUGCAGGGCUGCACAUGUCUACAGUAUAGGUCUGACGCAGGAGCAUGUCCCAGGCUUAAGAGUCAGGUGUGCCUGCAGACAGACAGGGUGUUACUAUUUACACAGCAGACACCGUCUUCAUGACUCUCACACUGAGUGUGUGUUUGACUCCAGUUCUCAGGCUGCAGCGCUGAUCGCAUGAAGAAGGUCUAUGGGAAGUUCUGCAGUCGCCAUAACGAAGCGGUGAACCUCUACAAAGACCUGUACGCCAAAGACAAACGCUUCCAGGCUUCCAUCAAGGUCAGCACUGACACACACACACACACACAAACUUCACAGUCUGCAUACACAGCUGUGAUCCAUUCUGAAUGGAUAUAUAAACAUGUGUGUUUUUGUGUUUGUGUGUUUAUGUGCAGAGGAUGAUGAGCAGCAGCAUUGUGCGCAGACUUGGUAUCCCAGAAUGCAUUCUGUUGGUGACUCAGAGGAUCACUAAGUAUCCUGUUCUGCUCCAGAGGAUCCUGCAGCACACUAAAGGUGAACACACACUUACCUCCUAGCUGGACUGAGGGCACAAUAUCAGUGUGUGUCCUUCAGUGAUUGAUAACUGUGUGUAUAUGUGUGUGUUUGGUGACAGAGUCUGACGAAGACCAUAGUCGUGUGUGUGAAGCUCUGCGCUGUGUGAAGGAGCUCAUCUCCGCCGUGGACAGUAAGGUCAACGAGCAGGAGAAGAAACAGAGACUGAGGGAGGUCUAUAGGUAAACACACGCACACCCACACACACACACUGAAGUUCACUCUGUACUGUAUUACACACUGUUUAAUACACAAUACAUAUUAAUCUCUAUAGUACAUGAUGUUUUCUUUCAUUAUUUUUAUAACUCUAUCUAUCACAGUGAGGGCUUUAUUUUGCCCAUCUUGUUAGUCAGUUCUUACCCCUCCUCACAUAUUGUACCUCCUCUAGAGUCGUCUUACUCUCUGUCUGUUGUUUUCAUGAUGUUUUGAAGAUGUCUGACCCUAAAUAAGGCAAAUCAUGUGUGAAUGAGUUGUAGAAAUUUUCUUCAAUACAGCAAUAAGCAUCCAGCAGAUCAGCAUGAGAUAAGCUGCAACAGUCCCAAACUCAAGCAAUAGUCCAAAAUAAAUGUACUAGUCUUAAACUCAUGCAGCAGCCCACAACACAGGAAACAGUCCAAGAAUUAUGCAACAGAGAAAAGGAGCAGCAAAUUUGAAAACUUGCAACAAAAACCCAAAACAUUAUCAGGAACAGCAAAAGUGCUGUGAAAAUAUACAAGAGCAUAGAGCAGCUGCUUAAGAGGCUAAAGCACAUGAGAGCUCCAGAUCUUUUUAGUUCCUAACUGAUCUUAAUCUUUGGUCCGUGCUUGUUUCACCACGAUGUAGAGGAUUUCCAUCACUGCAGGUUCAGUCUCUGGCUUGAUUGUGUGUUGUGUGAUCUCUGCAGCCGCACUGACAGUAAGUCCAUCAUGAGGAUGAAGAGUGGUCAGAUGUUUGCUAAAGAGGACCUGGUCAGAGGAAGGAAGUUACUGCAUGAUGGAGCGCUGCAGCUCAAGAACUCAGCAGGACGCCUUAAAGGUUCACUAUGAUGACAUGUGUUGCAUUUAUAGAGUGAAAAACUGUCUUUAAACGUCUGGUCUAACGCCGUCUCUCUCCACGGUGUCUCAUCACUCUGUUUCUGUUGCUACUGCAGACGUUCAGGCCAUGCUGCUCUCAGACGUGCUCGUCUUCCUGCAGGAGAAGGACACAAAAUACGUCUUUGCUUCGUUGGUUAGUUGACCUUUCCUUUUUAAGUUUAAAUGUAUUAAUUUGAUCAUGUGUUGGCAUAGUAACAGAGCUGUACCUGUCCCUGUGUGUUUUCAGGAUCAACGCUCCACAGUCAUCUCCCUGCAGAACCUGAUUGUCAGAGAGGUGGCCAACGAGGAGCGAGGUAAUUCCGUGCUGUGGUGGUCUUCAUUCAGUGUUAAACAGCUCACACACACAUUCUAAUAAGCCUCUCUGUGAUUGGUUGAUAGAAAACUCUGAAGUCUGAUCUGCUGUUUUUCUUCUGCAGGACUCUUUCUGAUCACAGCGGGCAUCGAGAGGCCAGAGAUGGUGGAGGUUUUAGCGAGCAGCAAAGAGGAGAGGAACACCUGGAGGGCUAUCAUUCAGGACGCAAUGCACUGCAUGUGAGUGAGCACAGAACACACACACACACACACACACACACACACACACACACACACACACACACACACACACACACGAUCAACUUACCUCUGAAAGGAGUUAAAAUAAAGUGAAAAUCUUCAGGAAACUUUGUGGUUUUGUGAUUGUAGCAAUUGUAAAAAACAUGUCUUUAAAAAUCGUCUAAAAGAUUUACAGCCCAAAGCGACAGAUAUGUAUGGAUAUGUAUAAAUGAAGACAGUGAUGUGUGUGAGAUUUGAAAGAAUUCAGGUGUUUCAAAAGUGGAAAAUAAAUCCUCUGAGUAGAACCUGAACUGAAAUGUUAGAGACUCGGGGUCAGAGAUAUAAAUUUUGGAGCCAUACAGGUGUGUUUCUACUGAAAAGAAGCUUUAAAACCUGCUGAAUGGUGUGAAAUUGAAUGUUUUUGUGUUUUUCAGGGAGAAAGAUGAAGACGAGGGCGUCCCCAGUGAGACAGAAGAGGACAGAAGACAGCAGGAGAGCCGAGCCAAGGAGAUCCGGGGUGAGAGAGAGCACUUUAAAUUAGAUCAGAGGCUCAUAUUCAUUAGAUUAGAUCAGAUUACCUCACACACAUUAAUGAGGUUAUAUUGGAUUAAAAAGGUUAGAUUGGAUUAUCGCCCUCAAAUUAAUUAGAUUAGAUAAACCAGGUGAUGGUUGAACUCGGUCUUUGUGUUUCCUCAGAGCUGCUGCGACAGAAAGACGAGCAGAUCAUCUCUCUGCUGGUGGAGAAAGUCCACAUCUUCAGAGACCUGAGCGACUGUAGCCCCGCCCCUGACGACAGGACCCCACCUGUCAGGGAGCGGAUGUUGUUCAGAGCCACGGCUGAUGACGUCACAAAGGGAGAGCCAAUCAUAAAGGACGCUCUGAGGGAAGGUGAGCAGGCUGCAUGAUACUGUGUGUGUGUGUGUGUGUCAGAGGUGAAGUGUUGAUGAUCAGUGUGUAAUCGUCCUCUGUCUCUGCAGUGGAGAUGCUGCACACUGUGGUCCACAGUGGUGUAGGUGGAGCUGGGUGCAGUACACCUGUCAGCCUGACAGGGGGCAGUGUAGGACCGGUGUGUCUGCCCAGGAGAGCUGAGACGUUCGGGGGCUUUGACAGUCAUCAGAUGAACAGCAGCAAGAGUGAGACACACACACACACACACACACACACACACAGAUGGCUCUUACACACAUGCUCCACCUGACAGCAGGUGUGCUUCAGCCAAUCAGACUCCGCCCUCACUCCGUUUCUGUCUCUGUUCUCAGAUGGAGAGAAGGAGGAGGGGGAUGAAUCACUGGACCUCCGCAGGACUGAGUCAGACAGUGUGCUGAAGAAGGUGUGUGCGUGCAUGAGUGCGUGCGUGCGUGCGUGCGUGCGUGCGUGUGUGUGUGUGUGUGUGUGUGUGCAUUAUUGAUAAGUGUAUUCUGACAGCAGAUCUCUUUAAAAAUGGAUGUAAGUGUCACUGAGUGUAGCAGAUGAACAAAGCUGCUGGUUUGAUCCCUGAACUCCUCAUAGUGACUCUAUUUGUCACACACUUUUACACUAUUACAUAAUGUUAUUAGCAAACAUACACACACACUGAUGGUAACACACACAUACACAGAUAGUAACACACAGAGAGGGUAGUACAUACACUGACUGUUACACACACAGUGACAGUUACACACACACACAGUGCGAGUAACACACACACAGUGCGAGUAACACACACAGUGACAGUAACACACACAUAUUGACAGUAACACACACACACACAGUGCGAGUAACACACACAGUGACUGUAACACACACACGCUAACAGUUACACACACAGUGACAGUAACACACACAUAUUGACAGUAACACACACACACACAGUGCGAGUAACACACACAGUGACUGUAACACACACGCUAACUGUUACACACACAGUGACAGUAACACACACACAUUGAUAGUAACACACUCGUAGUGCCAGUAACAAACACAUAUUGACAGUAACACACACACAGUGACAGUAACACACACACAUUGACAGUAACACACACAUAGUGCCAGUAACAAACACAUAGUGACAGUAACACACACAGUGACAGUAACAAACACACAUUGACACUAACACACACAUAGUAACAGUAACAAACACACAUUGACAGUAACACACACAUAAUUACAGUAACACACACAUAGUGCCAGUAACAAACACAUAUUGACACUAACACACACACAGUGACUGUAACACACAUAGUGACAGUAACACACACAGUAACAGGGCUGUAAAGGACUCUCAGUUUUCCUCCUGUCAGAUUAGCUCUGCUGUGACUUUGAAUGAACUUUGUAAAAACAGGAAACCCUUUUUACCUGAGCAGAGACAGACCCCUGUCAGACCCCUGACAGGUUACCACAACAAGAAGGUUUCCUAGAGUGAAUAGAAACAGCCAUUCAUCAGAGUCAUGAUGAUAGGAUCAGUUCAAAUCAGGUUCAGUCUCUCCUUCGCCUCAUCCUCAUCAUGGAUCACCACAGUCUGUUCUCAGAUCAGCACACAUGGUACCUCAGCAGAAGGACGCCAAAUAAGUAGGACAGUCCAGGUCGGUUAUUUCGGUCCCUUUACCAACUUUUGAUGAUGAAACUGCCAAUGACAGUAGACUUAACAAAAGAAAAUUAGACCCCCUUUGGUGGAAGCGUACCAUUAGAGCUCACAGAGGUGAGGCAGGGACAGUGAGUUCUGUAAAACCAGAGAGGGGUCAUUUUCCUCUCUGCUCCUCUGUGACUCUCUGAUGUCUGCAGCUCUGGACCCGAACACACCCUGUCUGCCAGCUUUAGAUUACAGUCUGACCGUGACUAUUAAUGUGGGCUGUGUGUGUGUUUGUGUGUGUGUGUGUUCCUCAGGGAGCUGCUGCCAGCCUGCAGAUGCUGCUGAAAAGGAACAAUGAGGUAAGGGACUGAUCCGGUUCUUGUUUUUGGAUCUAAAGUGCUCCUGACUGAAUCCUGUGUUUAGGUGACGCUGUGUCUCUCCAGCAGGUCCAGCACGGCGUGACACACCUACACGACCUGCUGCUGUCCCUGCAGGUAACACUCACACACACAGACACACACAUUGAUAACAGCUUGGCUGCGUCUAUCCUCUCCUCCUGUCAUCCUAACCUUGGCACCUCCUCCUCCUUCUCCUCCUGCAGGCUGUGGUGGUCCAGCAGGACUCCUUCAUCGAGGAUCAGCGACAGGCCAUGAGUGAUAGGCUCACUGCCAACUCCUCCAGACACUCUUCCUCCUCCUCGUUGUCCUCGUCUUCCUCAUCGCGGCCCUCCUCUCUCAUUGAGCAGGAGAAACACAGGAGUCUGGAGAGGCAGCGACAGGAGGCAGCCAGCCUGCAGGUUCUCCUUCUCUAUGAAUCAUGAAGCUCGGAGCUGGACUCUCUCCACAGCGCUCAGCUCUCCUCACUCUGUCUGUUCUCUUUGUUUCAGAAACAGCAGGCCGCUCACCAGGAGGAGAAGAGGAGGAGGGAGAAGACCUGGGAGCUAAAGGAGAGGAGUCUAACUGAGCGGGAGGAGAGGCUGAGGAUGGAGGAGGAGGAGACCGGCAGGAGGCGUCAGGAGCUCCUGGAGGAGAGGGAGACUCUGCAGAGGAAGAAGGAGGAGUACCAAAAGGAGCUGGAGAGGCUGAGGGAGGCUCAGAGGAAGCUGGAGAGAGACAAGGAGGCUCUGAGGAGGGACACGGAGAGGCUUGAGGCCAUGAAGAGAGAGGAGGUCAGAGUGAGUCAAAGGGAGUCCUGGGGGGGAGGUGAACCUUUAGAGGGAUAUUUCAGUGUUUUUGUGGUGGACCCCUAGAUCAGUCAGAUUAUGGACUCAGAUAUAGAGGACUUAGAUCAAACAGCAGAAACACAGAGCUGAGUCACAGACAUGAUCAUUACAAACUCGUUCAGCCUGUAGACAGCUGAUCCUGAACCAGCAGAUACAUGAUCUCUGCUCUGAAACCACAAACUGAUGCAGGAGACGAUUUCUGUGGAGGACGUGGCCGACUAAUGAAUCCCGUAUUCAUGUUCCUCAGUCUGAGGUCUCAGCCACAGAGCUCCAGUAUAGACCCCAUCCUUUGGACCACUAAACUAGAGUUUGAAUGACUAUGACUGAUUUAAAGACAUCUGCUGGAUCAGCCAAGUCCACCUGAAGGAGAGCAGUCAAUGUGUUUAUAAAACUACUCAGAGAUUUUGUCAGAUUAAAGAUUUAUAAACGCCCAAAGACCCGCUCCAUACAGGCACCUCUGUGCUGGUAUUUGAGUGUCUGUGUGAUGUCACAGCGUCCUGAAUGACCCUGAUGUUCUGGUCUUGGACUUCAUGGUGAAAAGUUAAACCAGCUGUCAGGUUUUAGAGCUUCAGGAUCUCCUUGUGUGGUCACGAUUCUGCAGGUCUAAUGCUGCGUUCAAGUUACCUCGGAAAUCAGAUGUCGGAGUUGGAAAUGACGUCACACCCGAGUUACCAAUGUUUCAAUUACCAAGUCGGAAAAAAGUGAAAUCGGAGGCGGAUAAGGUGGCUACAUCUAUGAAAGGGGAUGCUAAAAUAACAAGUGCUAAAAUAACUGUCGUAGAUGUAGCCAUCUUGUUUCCGCCUCCGAUUUCACUUUUUUCCGACUUGGUAACUGAAACAUUGGUAACUCGGGUGUGACGUCAUUUCCAACUCCAACAUCUGACUUCCGAGGUAACUUGAACGCAGCAUAAGUCCCUGGCUCCUGGUCUCUAGGUCUAAAUCUGUCUCAUGUCCUGUUAUACCUGCAGAUGGGGGAGCUCCAGAGGUACAAGAGGACACCUUCCACCACCUCUGAGGACUCCAUCAGGUUCCACAGCUCUGGAUCUCUGGACCUGGAUUCUAAAGAAGCAGAGGAGCCCAAAGAGGUAAAAAGUCUUGUUUCCAUAAUUCGCCAUGGGAACAGUGAGUACGAAGUGUGUUUGACGUGUGUGCAUUUGUCCUCCUGCAGGUGGAGCUCUCCUCCUCCGCCCCAACCAAAGAGCCUUUCCUCCGCAUCGGGUCUAAGAGGAUGGGCAAAAACUUUAAUCCCUUCUCCUCCUCCUCCUCUUCGUCCUCCAAAGCUCAGGGAGCAGAGAAGGAGUCCCAGCUGCCCAGCAGACUGCUGCAGCUGACCAAACCCAAAGAGAAGAAAGACAAGAAGAAGAAGAAGGGAAAGGACUCAGGUACCAAUGACGACACAGGGGCUGGAUUAGUUCGGGGUGGCUUCGGUCAGCAUAGAGGUUCACAGACUUUUCAGCCCAGGACUGCCAAUCAACUACAGUUUUAGGUUAGAAAGGCUAAAAACAGAUGAUCAACAUGUGACUGAUGAGACUAAACACAACUCACCUACUCUCUUCCAGCAGCCGCUUGUUUGUACGGAGACCUCUGACAAGUCAAUUUCUGACUGCAGCGGGGUGAUGCAGCUCAAGGAAGAACAUUUAUGAUUAUUACUUUAGCAUUUCCUAGAAGUAAUAAUCAUCAUGAUGAUCAUUUUGCACUGCAGACGCAGUAGUUCUUCUGCCUCAGCGUCUUGGUCUGAUUGCAUUUCCAUGAAAGAAUGAUCAUAAAUGUUCUUCCUUGAGCUGCGUCACCCCGCUGCAGUCCGUAAUGGACUGGCCGAGGUGUCGCGACAAACAAGCGGCUACUGUAAGAAAGUAGAUAUGUUGUGUUUAGCCUCUUUGUUAAAGAAAUCAGGCAAAACCAAAAAGACGUUUGGUGGCUAGUACUAUGGCUAGGACCCAAUAUGUACUGUUGAUGAAGUUAGGUGCUGUUCUGAGCAUUAUUUGUGGCUAUAGAGUGGCUUUUUGGUUGAGGUUUGGUUGUGGCUCCUGGGACUGCUGUCAUUACUAAAGUUGGUAUAACUCGAGAAGUAAGCUGUCGGCAACAUUUAUCUCUUGAGGGGGUGUCUAACUCGGUGUUACGGUGUGUUUGACCCUAAAUUAAAUUUAAGACAGAAUAUCCCUUUGAGGUCCUCUCUCUCUCUCUUCCCCUCCAGAAAACAAGGUGACACCUGAUCCUCAGAAUGAUGGAGACAUCUACUUCUGCUGAGGACCUGAACCCUGCUCAACUGAUCAGACUGCAGGACUAAACCUGGACUCUGGACUUCAUACGUCAGUCCUGACCUCCUGUCACACACAGACUAUCAAACUGAUCUUCCAAAGACUGAGUACAGACAGGUAUGAGCUUCUCUCAGAGACCACAGGUGAGCUGGAGACUCAUCAGGAGGACAGAAACCCAGAGCUGAGGAGGACGAACCAGCAGGAGCUCAGAGUCUUCUCGUGCUUCCUCUUAGACUGAUGUUAGCUUUAAGGUGCUCUCAGCUCCUCUGGGUGAACACCUGGAGGAUCUGACCUCUGACCUUUGACCUUUUUGUCCUCGUGUUAAAUCACAGAUAAGUCAAAGACGCACAGAUACCACAGGACAGACGCUGAGUCUGUGACCUCUGGCACAACCAACCAAUCAGCCACAGAGAGAUAAACCCUCUGUGGACAAACCCCCAGUGCCUUCAGCUUCUGUUAGCUCACAGCAGGUGUUGAAACCCUGCAGGAGUCACAUGAUCACAGUGUGUUUAUGAAACGUUACCUGUACAUGUGGAUGACAAUCUUCUUUAAUCAGACAGACAAUCACAGCUAUGCAACAAUCCCAGUCUGCAGCAGAAACAUCAGAAAGGUUUGAACGUGCACUUUAUAAAGAGAGAGGUUUGAUUUUCAGGGUCUGAUUUUUUCUCCUGUUUUAGUCCCACAUUCAUUCGGCUCUAACUUCAGGGAAACAGAGAGGAUCAGCUACAAACUUCUCUACCUGUUCUUCCUUUAUUAUCAGGGCUGUCCAUAAGAUGUGUUUAUCGAUCAUUUACAGACAAAAGGUCACGCAUCAGUAAAAUGUCUCGCAGAUUGACUGUCACUGACCUCUGACCCUGUAGGUAACUGAUCAUUCAGCCGCUCAAAAAACCUUUUUUGGAAAUCUCAUUCAGCUUUGAGUCUUGAACAUUUUCUAAAGCAGAGAGUAGCACCAUCAGACACAGACGUCAAUCUAUCUACUCCUGUCAUAUUUAACAAUCCGGAGAUGUCAUUCAGAGCCCUGUUGUUUUCAAUCCUUCUGUAAUAGAUUAACUAUAAUCCUCCUCCAUGUGCAGUUGAAAGGCUGUGCAAAGGUCAGGCUGCAUGUCAGCCUGUAAUAGUGGAUGCACAUAAUUCUAAUUGAUUGAUACCAAGGCCCACAGAAUAACACAUGAAACUCAGACACCAAGUCCUCAUCUGGUCUCAUCUACACUGUAAGUCCUCAAAUGUCUUUAUUUGGGUUUUUAUCUGCAUCUGGGCCCCUGUUAUCAACACAGCUAACAGAAAUGUUGUUCUACCUGCUCAUGGCUUUUAGUCAGAGUGUCUGUUGUAUGUGGGUUAGGUAAGGGUUUUGCAUUUUGCAAAGAAAGAGGCAUAUUUGCUCCAAAUAAACGCAUGCUGAAUUAUUGAAAUGCAUGUAAACAGCACUGAUGCACAAAAAUGCCAUUCGCUCUGCAGUGCAGUGUGUGGAGUAUGUAACCCUUUGUGCUUUAGGAGAUGUCUUUUUUGGCUCAUUUGCAGGUUUAGUUAGUGCAAAAGAAAAAUCAGGCCCUCAAUUUGUGGUGAAAUAUGAACAAUUUUAAAUCUCAGACGGAGAGACUUUGGUGUAAAGAUCCAGAUACCUUCAGCACAAAAAUCAAAAACAUGGCCCAGUUUACGGUACACAAAUGUAUAGGAGGGGAAAAGUGCAUGGUGUGUGUUUAUCCACGCAAUCCUGAAACACACGUACACCUCCAUUUAAACUUUUCAAUGAAAAUUGAUACACAUAUGCAUUAACGUACUAUAUAUUCAUACUGGAUAUGGAUAUACUUGAACUUAAAGGAAAAUACAUUUAAAUAAUUCUGUCAUCUCCCAUCAGACCCUUAAUCCUAAAUCUGUAUUUGCUCAAACCUAUUCCACAUUUUUGGACGUCAAUGAAAACAGUGAAUUUCCCUUUAAUCAGAAUCACACAACUGUUUCUUCAUCAGAGAGCAUCAAAUAAGCUUCAUCAGCAUUAGCAUUAGGACAGCAUUGGCUGCAGUCAUGUGAAAGUAUAUUCAUAGUAUACUAAAGUACUGAGGAGAUAAUUUGGUAUCCUUAAUCAGAGUUUACUGAAGGAAAACUGACAUAAGGAUGAUAUUAGGACAGGUGCAUUUGACCUUUGACCAUUCAGACUUUUAAUGUUCACACAUUAAAAGAGUCAUUUUAAGCCAAAUAUGCUGAAAUCAAUCAAUGAUUAAAAUUCUGUUCCAAGGAGAAGUGAUGGAGGCAGAGUUUACCGUUACCUCAGGAUACUCCAAACCAGGGGGCUCAUCGAUCUCUUAAAUAAGGAUCAGAUGUUUACAUGCAGGGAAAACAAAAUCCCUGAUUAAACCUGGACACAAAAGACUCACUCUGUCACAGCAGUGAUUUACAAACUUAGACCAAAGACAGGUCUGACCUGCUCCGCUCUGUUGACUACACUUUUAUUCUGAAAUGAACCCCUUAAAUGACCGAGUGUGAGUGACACAGAGCUCAGGAUUUAAACACCUCCUCUCAAACAUUUAGGAAAGAGCUGAAAACUUUUAAAGGAACUUUCCCUCCACUUUAAAUCCCUCUGCAUGAUGCUGCACAUGCUCCUGAAUGUAAGAGACACCAAAACUGCUAAUACUCCCCCUGAUUCCUCCCCCUAAUCCAGAUACCCAGCGUCCCCCUGCAGUUCUGCUCCCGCCGAUAACACACACUCACACACUCUCACAGAGCGCAGCUCGUCUUCAUCCGCUCUCAUCCUCUCACAGCCUUCUGAGCGCUCCCACAUUGAUUUUCUGCUCCUGUUCUCGGUUGCAGCCUGAAGAAUAAUAUUUCAGCUCAGUGUCAUUUCCCGCCUUCUGCUGAGCCGAGCACAUUUCUGCAGAAACUGAAAGCACAGCAGCCUCCCUCUAAUGCACCCCCCCCCCACCCCCUUCAUCCUCUUCCUGCUCUCCUGAUGCUCUCUCCCAGUGAUGAGUGGGUCAGACCUCCUCUGUGGAUCCUGCAGAUUUACAGUUAGAUUUAUAGAUUUACAGUUAAUCAAUCAUCUGCUCACUUUGAGUGAGGAACAGCUGAAAAAAACACAACAGAAAACUAUCUAAAACUGUUACCACAGAAUCAACUGUUCAUGCUAAUGUCCCCUCCUCCACCUCCUUACAGUGUCCACUCUGACUGUCCACAUCAGGUCUAAAUCUGCCCUUUAACAUCAUUCAUUAGGUGUAAGCAAACUCAGGCUGUCAUCAGCUCUUUAGUCUCAGCCAUUGUCUCUGUGUAUUUACGAUAAAAAUGUCUUGUUAAACACAAUGACCUCAACAGUCUAGAAAAAUUCCAAAAUUUAGACUUGCUUUCAUAAGUAAAGAAAAAAAAUCUGCUACUAGAAUAAAAGGGAAAUGUUCAAACUCGACAAACUAAACCUGUAAAGUGAUUUUUUUUUCUUAUUCCACCACCUGAUGUCUGUCCUUACUGCACUUAUUUUUGCCAUGAAAUAGGACAUUUUAUUGGAUUUGUCAAGUGAAUGGGGAGCUUUCUUUCUUUUUAGCAACUGAAAAAAACUGAUGAAUCCAAAACCAAAAACUGUUCACUAAGUGCCUUGAAAACACAGAUUUAUCUCCCAUGUAUGAGCAGGAAAAGAAAACCCCAAAAUGACCAAAUUUUGAGAAAUCUGGAUGAUUUCUAAGCCUGUUUUUUUACAUCCAACUCACGUGUGAUUUUAAUCAGGAAGUGUUUCCAGGGUUUAAAUGUCUUAACUGUCUGAAACCUUUGGGGCCUGUGUCAAUUAAAGGGAUAGUUCAAUGUUUUUGGAUGGAGGUUACAUAAAAGUCACAUCUUCUUAGUGGACGCCGGUCAGUCCUGUCAUCCAGAACCAGCAUGCAAGCUAGGCUACAGUUUUCUGCAGAUAUAAUUCAGCUCAUUCAGAGACCCCGACCCAAACACUCAGUAUAAGUGUGAUUUUCAACACUUGACCAUCAGAAAGCCUGUGUGUUUUUGCACUAUUUAUAGACAUGACACAUUGACGUAUUCUUCCUCAUGUGUCCGCCCUCACAAAAGUAGUGAGAAAAAAAUGUGCCUUUGGAUGGUAAAGUGCUGAAAAAUUAAAUACAUUUAAACUGAGAUAAAUGUUCAGGUCAGAGUCUCAAACUUGAUCCAGUCUGCAGGAAACUAGAGUCCAGUGUGUCUCUUGUUUCUACCUGCAGUUUCUCAUCAAAAGAACUGAGCUGACUGGCGAUCAUAGAUGCAUUUAACUCACACAGCCUCACCUCAAAAACAGUGAAAUAGCCCUUUAAUUAUUUUUGUUUUGUUUUUGUUCAUUUGUUUGUUUUUGUUGUUUUGUUCCUUUACAAAAUGUCUCAGUGUCCUACACACCAAAAUGCCUGUCAGCUGUUUAUUUGUUUUUUUUUCCACUGAAGCUCCUGAGCGUCACUUCUGCAUCAAUAACCAAUCACAAUCAUGAACAGGACUCUUACUGUUUUUUUUUUCUGUUUCUUUACUGAGCACCAAGGAAACGGUGAGCACUGUGCAAAUCCACUCACAUGCAAAUUUGUAACCUGUAUGCAAGGAUCUGCGCAUGGCUCUUUUAUGACCUGGCAUAUGAAGGGUUUUGUAUUUCUUUGUAAAAUGCAGACAGAUUAUUUUCUUUUUUUUAUAGAACUAAUGAAAACUGCCAAAGGAUGCCAAAAAGCAGAGGGAUGACUGUAGUUGCAGAGUCACAGUAGGUGCUCCAAAGUUGGGUCAUUUGCAGUGCAAGCAUGAUAACAUGGGGCCAAUAGGCACAGAGUCUAAAUAAACAAACAUGUAUAAAUGCAUUUGUUUUAAAAAAAGGUUACUCAAAGCUGAGGUUUAUCUGCAGUUUAGGCCAAAGGCAUGCAGGUUCAAACCUGAGGAUGUAAAUCACUGCAGCAUCAGGACCACAUGAGCCUCCAGAGUCCUGCUGAGGAGGGGCACAUUACUUAUCAUUAUCCAAAGUCAGAGCUGCAGACCCCCACAGUGACGUCCUCCAGAGUCCAUGAGGUCAGUUUCUCUGCAGCCUAGUCUCUGUAUUAGAAGCAUCAGACACACACUGUUUGUCUCUGUAUGUGAGCCUGUUGUUCCUGCAGCAUCGAAGCCUCUUUCUGCAGGUUUAGUGACAGAAACCAUGUUUUUUUGGAGGUAGUUUUUAGUGGUUUUAAAGAGGAGCUGUAGUGUUUUAUGAGGCUGACUCCUCCUCCUCCUCAGUGUUCACACUCAGCGUGCACUAGCUUUUACUAAAACCGGUUUAUAAAGAGCUUUACAAACUUACAGUUUUUGCACUGUGAGCUUUAUGAAAUGUAUUUGUACUAAGAAAGAAGGUACAAAGUUUAUUUUCUCAUUUUCUGUACAAAGGAAAAAAAGCAACCAUUCUGUAAAUAUGUUUUCUGUACAAAUUUGAACUUCCAAAGUAUUGAGGACUGUGGAUUUUAUUUAGUUUUUUUAACUGAAUAACAAAGCUUUAUUUAUCUGGUUUCUUCCUGUUUGAAAAUGUACAGUUCUUCUCUCCACAAUAAAUAACAAUGCUGUUUGACAGGUGAGCCAUGCUGUGUGGUUCCUCUUUAAACAGACAGAGAAUAAUUAAGGGUAGACCCUUCAAGGACACUGAUUAUAGUGUAUAAUAAUCACUGUCUACUGAUAUACAGAUGAAUGUCAGUUUUUUUUGUUUGUUUUUUGUUGCCUAAGUCACUGAACAAAAGUGGACAUAUAUAAAGACCAGUGUUCUGGUCUUCCACUCUUGGAUUAUAUCUCAUUCUCUGAACAACACUUCCUUAUCUCCUUCCUUCACCCUCUCUCUCCUGGUCCUCCCCCUCCAGCUACACUCCUCU